AUGAAGGUAGAGAAGGAGAGAUCCAGAGAGAUAGUGGGAGUGUGGCAGAGAUACAAGAGCGAGGGGAGAGCGAGAGACGCGGAGAGAGUGAGUGUGAGAGAGAUGUCAGAGAUGUCGGGACAAAGGCUGCUCUUAUGUUCACUACAUUCCUCUCUUCCCUCUCUCUGUAAGAGGCAUAUGAACAGAGGCUAAUUGGCUUCAGCUCUCCUCUGGGCUGCUGAGUAAGUGAUUGUGUGUGUGUGUGUGUGUGCCACUACCUUAACAGGAGCUUAUUAUGCUGUGCCUUCUCAAAGCCUACUGAAAUAAGUACACCAUGAAUGACCUAAGUUUUUUCCCACUACAGCAUUAUACUGUUGUCGAUUUAAAACAUUCCUCCUCUGUUUGUAACCCUGUAAUGCAUUUUCCUCACAAAAGGAAAUGCAUGGUCCCCUGUUUAACCUGCUUCUUCUGUGUAUCUCCCUCUUCAUCUAGUAUGCGUUCUGUACACACAAGGCAUCGGCAAUAAGGAGUGGAGAGAGGUAAGUCCCCUUCAGUUAGCCUACACAGUACACCAGAUACUGAAUUGAGAAGGCCUGAUAUUCAACAUGAUCUUUGGCACUCAAACAUCAAUAUUUAUACAAGUAAAUGAUUAAAUUAAUCCUCAACCCAAUCAUAACUCAGUUAGAUUCCCCAUCUCUUCAUAUUUUCCCUAUGAUGAAUAAUUUCUCAUAUAUCAGACCCAUAUCACCACUAUAGAUAGCUCUGUUAGGUUCAUGUGCAUUUACAGUGAGGGAAAAAAGUAUUUGAUCCCCUGCUGAUUUUGUAAGUUUGCCCACUGACAAAGACAUGAUCAGUCUAUCAUUUUAAUGGUAGGUUUAUUUGAACAGUGAGAGACAAAAUAACAACAAAGAAAUCCAGAAAAACGCAUGUCAAAAAUGUUAUAAAUUGAUUUGCAUUUUAAUGAGGGAAAUACGUAUUUGACCCCUCUGCAAAACAUGACUUAGUCCUUGGUGGCAAAACCCUUGUUGGCAAUCACAGAGGUCAGAUGUUUCUUGCAGUUGGCCACCAGGUUUGCAUACAUCUCAGGACGGAUUUUGUCCCACUCCUCUUUGCAGAUCUUCUCCAAGUCAUUAAGGUUUCGAGGCUGACGUUUGGCAACUCGAACCUUCAGCUCCCUCCAUAUAUUUUCUAUGGGAUUAAGGUCUGGAGACUGGCUAGGCCACUCCAGGACCUUAAUGUGCUUCUUCUUGAGCCACUCCUUUGUUGCCUUGGCUGUGUGUUUUGGGUCAUUGUCAUGCUGGAAUACCCAUCCACGACCCAUUUUCAAUGCCCUGGCUGAGGGUAGGAGGUUCUCACCCAAGAUUUGACGGUACAUGGCCCCGUCCAUCGUCCCUUUGAUGCGGUGAAGUUGUCCUGUCCCCUUAGCUGAAAAACACCCCCAAAGCAUAAUGUUUCCACCUCCAUGUUUGAUGGUGGGGAUGGUGUUCUUGGGGUCAUAGGCAGCAUUCCUCCUCCUCCAAACACGGCGAGUUGAGUUGAUGCCAAAGAGCUCCAUUUUGGUCUCAUCUGACCACAACACUUUCACCCAGUUCUGAAUCAUUCAGAUGUUCAUUGGCAAACUUCAGACGGGCAUGUAUAUGUGCUUUCUUGAGCAGGGGGACCUUGCGGGCGCUGCUGGAUUUCAGUCCUUCACGGCGUAGUGUGUUACCAAUUGUUUUCUUGGUGACUAUGGUCCCAGCUGCCUUGAGAUCAUUGACAAGAUCCUCCCGUGUAGUUCUGGGCUGAUUCCUCUCCGUUCUCAUGAUCAUUGCAACUCCACGAGGUGAGUUCUUGCAUAGAGCCCCAGGCCGAGGGAGAUUGACAGUUAUUUUGUGUUUCUUCCAUUUGCGAAUAAUCGCACCAACUGUUGUCACCUUCUCACCAAGCUGCUUGGUGAUGGUCUUGUAGCCCAUUCCAGCCUUGUGUACGUCUACAAUCUUGUCCCUGACAUCCUUGGAGAGCUCUUUGGUCUUGGCCAUGGUGGAGAGUUUGGAAUCUGAUUGAUUGAUUGCUUCUGUGGACAGGUGUCUUUUAUACAGGUAACAAGCUGAGAUUAGGAGCACUCCCUUUAAGAGUGUGCUCCUAAUCUCAGCUCGUUACCUGUAUAAAAGACACCUGGGAGCCAGAAAUCUUUCUGAUUGAGAGGGGUCAAAUACUUAUUUCCCUCAUUAAAAUGCAAAUCAAUUUAUAACAUUUUUGACAUGCAUUUGUUUCUGGAUUUUUUUGUUGUUAUUCUGUCUCUCACUGUUCAAAUAAACCUACCAUUAAAAUUAUAGACUGAUCAUGUCUUUGUCAGUUGGCAAACGUACAAAAUCAGCAGGGGAUCAAAUACUUUUUUCCCUCACUGUAUUACUCUGCUUUUGUCAUAAAUGCCACCCUAUUCCCUACAUAUGGGCCCUGGUCAAAAGUAGUGCACUAUAUAGGAAAUAGGGUGUCAUUUGGGAGGCAGCCUCGGUAAUGUCACUCUCAAGUAAUGAAUUCUCAAUAUUUCAUACAUUUAUUUAUUUGAAAUUGUGAUGCACCAUCAAAUUCUUCGAGCAGUAAAUUAAUUUCUCUCUCCAUUAGAAAUCGUUUGUAUGUCACGAAUGUAGUCUGUCAAAUACCCCCAUUAAACUGAAGGAAAUAUCUUGCAUGCUUUUGACCCUCAACCUUUUCAUCCUCUCUCUCUCUCUCUCUCUCUCUCUCUCUCUCUCUCUCUCUCUCUCUCUCUCUCUCUCUCUCUCUCUCUCUCUCUCUCUCUCUCUCUCUCUCUCUCUCUCUCUCUCUCUCUCUCUCUCUCUCUCUCAAGUUUGGAAGGACAGAGGUGAUUGAAAACACUCUCAACCCAGAGUUUGUUCGUAAAUUCAUCUUGGAUUAUUUCUUUGAGGAACGACAGAAUCUGAGAUUUGACCUGUAAGCAAAACUAAACAUGUGUAUGUGCCUCUGUCUUUUUCACUACCUUUGUGUAGUUGUGUGUAUAGUGUAUAAAGGAGUGUAUCUACAGUAUGCAUUGUUAGUACGGAUUGGUGUCCCUGCCUAGUGUCCUGUCAGUGUGUGUGUGUGUGUGUGUGUGCAUGCAGACGUGUAUGUGUGUGUGUAGGUAUUUAAAUCUCUCUGACAUGCGAGGGGUCAGGAGGUCACGUGGGCCCUCUCUCGCCGAUACGAGAGUGAAAAUUAAGUGCUGUGUGUGUGUGUGUCAGCGUCCGUUGUCAUGACAACUGAAAGACCAACUAGGACCUGUAAAAGCCACAUUCUUUUACUGAGAGCGACACAACUAACUGAACACACAACUAACUGAAUACACACGACUAAUUGAAUGAUACACAAAUCUCUAUGUACACCAAUAGCAUUAUUUACUCCAUGUGAAUUGGUCUGACUGGGACUGUAAUAAACUAUAUAUACAAAAGUAUGUGGACACCCCUUCAAAUUAGUGGAUUCGGUUAUUUCAGCCACACCCGUUGCUGACAGGUGUAUAAAAUCGAGCACACAGCCAUGCAAUCUCCAUAGAAGUGGAAACGUCUAGGCGCAACAACGGCUCAGCCGUGAAGUGGUAGGCCACAUAAGCUCACAGAAUGGGACCGCUGAGUGCUGAAGCACGUAGCGUGUAAAAAUUGUCUGUCCUCGGUUGCAACACACAGCACAAGUGUUCGUCGGGAGCUUCAUGAAAUGGCCGAGCAGCCGCACACAAGCUUAAGAUAACCAUGCGCAAUGCCAAACGUUGGCUGGAGUGGUGUAAAGCUCGCCGCCAUUGGACUCUGGGGCGGUGAAAAUGCAUUCUCUGGAGUGAUGAAUCACGCUUCACCAUCUGGCAGUCCGACGGACUAAUCUGAGUUUGGCCAGGAGAACGCUACCUGUCCCAAUGCAUAGUGCUAACUGUAAAGUUUGGUGGAGGGGGAAUAAUGGUCUGGGGCUGUUUUUCAUGGUUCGGGCUGGGCCCUUUAGUUCAAGUAUACAAUGACAUUCUAGACGAUUCUGUGCUUCCAACUUUAUUGCACCAGUUUGGGGAAGACCCUUUCCUGUUUCAGCAUGACAAUGCCCCCGUGCACAAAGUGAGGUCCAUACAGAAAUGGUUUGUCGAGAUCGGUGUGGAAGAACUUGACUGGCCUGCAUUGAGCCCUGACCUCAACCCCAUCGAACACCUUUGGGAUGAAUUGGAAUGCCGAUUGCGAGCCAGGCCUAAUUGCUCAACAUCGGUUCCUGACCUCACUAAUGCUCUUGUGGCUGAAUGGAAGCAAGUCCCCGCAGCAAUGUUCCAACAUCUAGUGGAAAGCCUUCCCAACUUCAUAUUAAUGCCCAUGAUUUUGGAAUGAGAUGUUCGACGAGCAGGUGUCCACAUACUCUUGGUCAUGUAGUGUACAUCUACUGAUUCAUGCCGUGUGACUGUGUGUGUGUAAUGAUGACGUUGUUUUUACCCUGGUGAUGAGAACCGACAAGCGUGACUCACAAUUCUCUCACUCUAAUGAGAGGGGGACAGGAGUUAUUACUGAGCUCAGGACAACCGCACCACAUACACACACAAACAUACACAAACACACACACACACAGUCCGCAUUUACAUAACAGUGUAGCCAUGUUCCAAUCGUGUGCAUGCGUUGACUGUGUUUAUAAUUUAGACACACAUGAUAAUUUAGACACACACGUACUUCAUCCAUCACAUGCACGCACACACACACACGUAUACACACACACAGUCGGGGAGGUAGGACUACAUGACAGGCUAUACAUAGACUAGGGAGCCCUAAUGCAAUUCAGCCAGGUGGAGGGAAUGUAAAUGGACUGUGUGUGUGUGUGUGUGUGUGUGUGUGUGUGUGUGUGUGUGUGUGAGAGAGAGAAUAUGUGUAUGUGUUAAGAGGGUGCGUGUGUUCACGACCUGUGUGUGUCUCCCCGCAGGCUUAAGAUGUGUGUGUGUGUGUGUGGGCGAACAUCAGGCCAUACUACAUCCUCCACUGAUGGCUGUGCUCUGCUCAGAUAGCUAACACUCUUUUUUUCUAUUUUUACCUCCCUUCUCUCUCUCUCUCUCCCUUCUUCUGCUUCUCCCUCCUUCUCUCUCUCCCUCUUUUUCCUCUCCCUCUCUUUCUCCCCCCACUGAUCACUCUCUCUUCCUUGGUCUCUUUUCCCCUGUCUCCUUCUCUCUUUCCUUCCUUGUAGUUCUUUCUGGUUUGUGUCAGAGUAGACAUGGAAUAAUAUUCUGUCAUUCAUGUUAUGGCUCGGUUGGUUUCUUGACUGUGUGGAAGCCUGUGUUUAAAGGUUAGUUAGGGCAGCUUUUCAUUCUUGUUUAUCCUGGUCUGAAAUAGAAUUUUCCCAGGCAAGCGAGUGGAGCUCUAGUCAAAUGGGUUUCUGAGAGAGGUGGACAAGAGAGUGAUGGAGCGCUGCUGGGUUGUGUUAAUGUCAGAGCUGAGGCUUAACACACACACACACAAACACACACAAACACACACACCACAAGCAUGUGCACGCAUACAAGCUGCUGAUGCUCGCCUUUGGAAGAUCUACAUUUAAAAAAGUAUAAUAAAUCAAUUGAAUAUACACCAUCACAAUAAAUCCAUUAUUUAUUUUAGGAAGGUCCAUCUAAAGAAACAUGAUAUGAAUCAAAUGUAUUUCAGAAGAACAGAAUAUGAGUUGGCCUACUGUAUGUUAUCUGGCUAUGCGGCAUGCUGUAGGCUUGUUCAUUUAGCAGGCAAGAUAUGCUUAAGUCCUGUACCAUUAUUUUAUAUUAUAUUAUUUUAUAGUAAAAAUAAUAUAAUUGAACAUAGCUGAAUAAAAUAGAAAGGAUAUUUUUCCCAUUCUGGAGUGAGAGUGUGCAUAUGAAGGGCUAUUUUGAGCGUAAAAGUGAUCAUUUGAAGCAGGUCCUAUACGCUAGAUUUAGAGUUAUUUGAAAUUAAACAAUAUAUGGGCUGCAUGAUGCAACUAUGGGCUAUUAAUGAUUUGAGGAGGAGAGGAAACACAUGGUGGUGAGAUUUUCUGUAGCUAAAGGUAAUGGGUCUGCCUAUUAAUUAUGAAAAUAUAAAAAAUGCCCUAUAUUACUAGGCUAUUCAAAAUCAAAUAUAUAAAUUCACUAUAAUUGUAGGCUAACUCUGAAUUUGUUUAAUUUAGGCUAGAACAAUUAUAUACCAAAGAUAUCUUAAAUCAGUAUUUAUUUUGUUUUUCUGCUGUGUGUAGUAUGCGGUCGGCUAUGUAUUGUUUAACGACAUAAUCAUUAUAUGAAUUCAGGGUUUUUUUCAGGCUUGGGCUCAUAAACAGUAUAGGCCUAUGCAGAUGCAUAAGCGCUAAUAUGCAUAUGAGGGUUUUGAAUUAAUCCUCACCUUAGAAAGCACUGUCCAUUUCGUUCUGUUAGGCUUUGAAACAACAUCCACAAUGAUCAUGUUUUCCACUCAGUUUAAACCUGUUGUUGAACUUCUUUCUUCAAAUUGAUCAAUCACAGUGAGGUGAGUUUCAAUUGCACAUACUGUUUUAAUGAUAAGUGUUUGAAGUGAUUUUUGAUUGCAUUUGCAUUGAUGUCAGAGUGGUUAGAGGGACAAUAGAGCCCUGAGUACUAGGCCAUUAGCGACCUGAUGGUCAUUAGGGAGUUGUACAACAAACACAUGUCCAGAGUGCAUAAGAGGAGAUUACCGUGACUCAACGGUCACAUAGAAUUUUACUGCGGUCAUGACUCAUGACUGCCAGUGUGGCGGUAAUACGGUCACCGCAACAGCCCUACGCACACCCGCACGCACACACGCAUACUGUACAUCAUGGACAGACUUAUACAUAAAUAUGCGCACGCACAGACGUGGUAGUGUGUGUUUGUGUGUGUGUUAGGUGUCGUGGGGCAGUUGUUUUGGUGGCUGAAUAAAUACAAAACACAUGCCUUUGUGCUAUGUGUCUCAGGAAAUUAUGUGUUCAUGAAUGUAAGUGAUCUGUUUCAAUGGAAUAGAACAUUUAGAGCUGCAGUGCCUCCAGUGCUUUGUGAGUUACAUAACAAACAUCCCAGAGCUCAUUCUGACAGUACACUCAGAAUGACAAAUACACCAUCCCAUCUCACUGACAGUGGCAGUAUGCUACAUAAACUGUCCUGCUUGCUAGACGGGGAGAGUGUGUGUGCGUGUGUGUCCGUGCAAGUCCAUGUGCGACGUGUGUGUGUGUGUGUGUGUGUGUGUGUGUUAGGGGAGGCUGGCACAGGACUAGAGCCCAGAGACCCACGAGUAUCACACAGAGAGAGAUAUUCCCUCUCAACUCCCAUCAACAGAAUCAGAGCUUACUGGUUGUUUGAUGUGUGUAAUUGAGUAAGGCCAUCCUGUAGAGACAACAUGGGCAGAGAUCAUAGUGGAUGAAACACUGGCCUGAUUGAAUAUGCAAUUUCCCCUCAGGCACACAUAAUGUUUUCUGUCAACAGAAUAAUGUAUAUUUCUGGCCUAUGUGAUAGUGGGGAGGUGAUGUUUUAAUAUGUGAUUUAAAUGGAUUCUAUGUUCUAUGGCUGAUGUUCUAUAGCAGUGUUGCUCAUCCUUUUUGUUAAAGCUCUAGUCUGGGAUUUGGAAAGCUAUUCAAUGGUCAAUGUUUCAAUAGUCUCAGCUGUAUAUCAAAACAAGUGAGGGGACCCAUUUAGUUGUUUUUCAAAUAGCUGACUCAGUGUUUCACCUAGGAUUUUCUUUCAGCAGCGGUGGCAAACUUAUGGAGGGGAUAGUGGGCGUGACCAAUGGCAAAGUUUGGGGGCAUCUAAAACCACAGAGACAAAAUGUUGCUGUUUUAUAGCUAAUUUCCUUUAAUUCUACACAUUUUGCCAUGGGGCUGAGAGAAAAUAUGCCGUUUAAAAGCUAAUUUCCUGCAAUUCUACACAUUUUGCCAUGGCUUAUGUCUUGUUCUUAUGCUAUCUGAGUGACUAACAAAAUCAAUGGGGGCUGCAUGCCAUUACUUUUUGGGAAUUUUAGAUUCUCCCUGAGUCUAGUUUUUAUUUUGAUGAUUGUUAGUUCUCAAAGAUGAUCUUCUUAAAAAAUAGAUUGCUCCAUUAUAUUUUCUACAUAAUUUACAUAUGGUUUUAGUUGUUAAAGUUUACACUGAAAAUGUUUUACCAUCACCAAAAUUAUUUUCCUUUUUCUUUUUUGCGUCAGAAAAACCACAGGGGCUACAGUAUUGGGUCUUUGUACCACUGCAUUGCUAUCAGCUACGUGAGGCUCAGUCUCCAUAAUAUUGCUUUCAAAUAUUACCUAAAAAAUAGACAUCUAUUUUUAGUAGCUGUGUAAAAUGACCUGGACUGUGAAAUUACUUUGAAUUGGUUCCUGAAUCUGCAGCUGAUUGCAGCCCUGUUGGACAUGAACCCGCUUCCCGAACUGGCUCACACAGACACAGAUAGACACCCGCAUUGGUACAAGGAUACAAACACAAGCGCACACUCACUCACUCACUCACACACACACACACACACACACACACACACACACACACACACACACUUAAACACCCAGGGAGUCAUCUGCUUUGACAUUUCAGGGUACUAAAAUGAUUGAAAAGCACAAGAAGACUUAAUAAUACUCUGUGUGACAUCAUUGCUUUAUACAUUUACUGAGCGGUCUAACUGAGAGUGUCCAUUUCUGUGAAUCAUCUGCUGCUCGCAGCUGUACUGCUGUCAUCUCCUUGCCCCUCUAACAGUGUGUUUCUCUUCUCUUUUCCAGGUAUGACGUCGACUCAAAGAGCCCCAACCUGUCAAAACAUGUAAGUCUCUCUCUUGUUUCCCUGUGUGUGUGUGUGUGUGUGUGUGUGUGUGUGUGUGUGUGUGUGUGUGUGUGUGUGUGUGUUUGUGUGCGCACGCGCACGCGCGAGUGCAUGUGCGCUUUGGGGGUUCAUCCUAUUGUCAUUAGCACCCCCUUACUACAGUGGUUAAUCUCUGUUCUAUAAUGACUGUGUUUAGUAUUUCAUAGUGGGGUUACCUCCCCUGGGUAGCCAGUGUGUUUUAUCAUAACUGUACGCGCACUCACUCACUCUCAGUUCCAUGUGAUGCGCUGUGUGUUCUCUACCUUCCCUGCCCCUCGCCUGUCUAUUGUCAUCACUGUGAAUAAAAGCACACAGAUCAGAGUAAUUUAAUGUAACAAUGCCAUCAGUCUGUCUUUGUUGACACACAAUAAACCCUGAAUCUUCUUUAUAAUGCAAUUAUUUUAUUUACAUUUAGAUAGGCAGGCAGGCAGAUGUCCCAAUGGGAUCUAUUUUUAUCUUAUCUGGCUUAUAAAAUCUAGAAUAAGCGAUGCAGAUUACCUGCUGCAUUCUUACCACGAGGACCCCAUCUAUGCCUGUCACAAGCGCGGGGAAUUGCUCAUUCAUGUGGUCCCUUUCUCUCUUCUGCACACCACUCUAUUCCACUAAUGUAUCUCUGUCUGCUAGCUCCCCCCAAGGAGUUUGAGUUCUGUACUUUUGCCUUGGACACCUGUUCAGAGAUUGACCCCAUUGAAUUAAAAUAAAUUGAAUGGAAAUAGUCCUAGAGCAAGGGCCGCGUGUGUGCAGGCUUUCCUGCCAGCCCAACUCUAACACACCUGAUUCAGAUACGUUGAUUCUGUCUUACAAUAAUCCAUCUAAAGAAAGUAACUAGGGUGGACUGAGUCUUAGGCUAGGUAGAGGAGUGAUAUUGCAACUAUGGUGCAUCUGUAAGAAUACAGGAAUGAUGGUUGAAGACAAGGUUUCCAGUUUUGGUUAUUUUAACAAAGGCACAGCACAAGGACACAGGAGCACAUGGGGAAUAGGAUGGAGAUAGCCGGUAGGUAAGGUUGUGUGGUUCUGGAGGAUACAAAGGAGAUACAACAUUUUAGGAUAUACACAAAGCAAAGUGCCAUAAUAGGAGAAUGUAAAAAGGUAUAACAAACAGGGCUAACAGGAACAAAGGACAUCACCAAUAACUAAGGAACUCAUGGUGUAUAUAUAUAUAUAUAUAUAUAUAUAUAUAUAGACAUUGUCCCAUUGACACGCACUACUCAGCCCGUACUCUACACAGACCGGUGUGGCAUAAACAAUCGGAGCUGCAGUAGGCCAAUAUGCAAAUAGACCAUUGCCAUAUAUGGAUCUGUGCCAUUUACUUUUAACUGGACUGUGUUUACAGCAUGAGCGGUCGUGAGUAGAUGCACUUGUUUUGAGAUCAAAGCUUCAUGUAGCCACGUGUGCACCUUUUUAGUCAGCAAUAGGGGAGUGAUUGAUUCUACAAGAGCACAAAACGUAGACAUUUCUAGACAUCUUUGAAAAGCGAGUCAGGUGAAGAGCUUUAUGUUUUUUGUCUUAAAGGGGCAGUGUUGUAUUUUGAGACAGGCUUGAAUAAGCUAAGGAGCCAAUAGGCAGAGGGUAGCAUAAUUUGUCUGAUUCUCUGUAAUAAUGGUAUGGGAAUAAUAAUGCAUUUUAUUUUGUAAAGGGGUUUCUUGCAUCAAACAACACAACAUUUUCAGUCACCUACUUGUCUGAAGGACAAGUGGAUAAACAGGUUGUCAAGCCCUGCAUGUAUUUUCUUCAAAGUCUCAUGGAAUGUAGGCCUACAUUGAACACCACACAUUUGCUGCUACUGAAAGAACAGCUAUUUCCGUGUAAAAAUGUUAUGGGAUGCAUUUUCUCCAUUGUUUUUGAUGGUAGGCCACUCUGGUAGACCUACAUUAUGAUCAAAUAGCCACAUCAGCCUACUUGGCCACUGCUAAAACUGUAACUUAAAGCGGGUACAGCCUCAGUGUUCAUAGUAAAUGCGUGUUGGAACUUAAUGAUGGUGUUGGAGUCGUGCUUGGCCACGCAGUCGUGGGUGAACAGGGAGUAAAGGAGGGGACUAAGCACACACCCCUGAGGGGCUCCCGUGUUGAGGAUCAGCGUGGCAGAUGUGUUGUUGCCUACCCUUACCACCUGGGGGCGAACUUUCAGGAAGUCCAGGAUCCAGUUGCAGAGAGAGGUGUUUAGUCCCAGGGUCCUUAGCUUAGUGAUGAGCUUUGAGGGCACUAUGGUGUUGAACGCUGUGCUGUAGUCAAUGAUCAGCAUUUUCACGUAGGUGUUCCUUUUGUCCAGGUGGGAGAGGGCAGUGUGGAGUGCAAUAGAGAUUGCGUCAUCUGUGGAUCUGUUGGGGCGAUGUGCAAAUUGGAGUGGGUCUAGGGUUUCUGAGAUGAUGGUGUUGAUGUGAGCCAUGACCAGCCUUUCAAAGCACUUCAUGGCUACAGAAGGGUCGGUAGUCAUUUAGGCAGGUUACCUUCGCGUUCUUAGGCACAGGGACUAUGGUGGUCUGCUUGAAACAUGUAGGUAUUACAGACUCGGUCAGGGACAGGUUGAAAAUGUCAGUGAAGACACUUGCCAGUUGUUCAGCGCAUGCUCUGAGUACACGUUCUGGUAAUCCGUCUGGCCCUGCGUUCUUGUUAAUGUUGACCUGUUUAAAGGUUUUACUCACAUCGGCUACGGAGAGCGUGAUCACACAGUCGCCCACAACAGCUGGUGCUCUCAUGCAUGCUUCAGUGUUGCUUGCAUAUAAUUCAUUUAGCCCGUCUGGUAGGCUUGUGUCACUGGGCAGUUUGCUGUUGGGUUUCCCUUUGUAGUCUGUAAUAGUUUGCAAGCCAUGCCACAUCCGACGAGCAUCAGAGCCGAUGUAGUAGGAUGCAAUCUUAAUCCUGUAUUGACGCUUUGCCUGUUUGAUGGUUCGUCGGAGGGCAUAGCGUGAUUUCUUAUAAGCGUCCGGGUAGGUGCCCACUCCUUGAAAGCGGCAGCUCUACCCUUUAGCUCAGUGCGGAUGUUGCCUGUAAUCCAUGGCUUCUGGUUGGGGUAUGUACUUAUGGUCACUGUGGGGACAACUUCAUCAAUAUUGAGGAAGUCGGUGACUGAUGUGGUAUACUCCUCAAUGCCAUCAGAUGAAUCCCGGGACAUAUUCCAGUCUGUGCUAGCAAAACAUUCCUGUAGCUUAGCAUCUGCGUCAUCUGACCACACAGCCAUGCACACAGCCAUGCAAUGUCCAUAGACCGCCGAAUGCUGAAGUGCAUAAAAAUCGUCUGUCCUCGGUUGCAAUACUCACUACCGAGUUCCAAACUGCCUCUGGAAGCAACAUCAGCACAAUAACUGUUAGUCGGGAGCUUAAUGAAAUGGGUUUCCAUGGCCGAGCAGCUGCACACAAGCCUAAGAUCACCAUGCGCAAUGCCAAUCUGUCAGUCCGACGGACAAAUCAGGGUUUGGCGGAUGCCAGGAGAACGCUACCUGCCCCAAUGCAUAGUGCCAACUGUAAAGUUUGGUGGAGGAGGAAUAAUGGUCUGGGGCCGUUUUUCAUGGUUCGGGCUAGGCCCCUUAGUUCCAGUGAAGGGAAAUCUUAACGCUACAGCAUACAAUGACAUUCUAGACGAUUCUGUGCUUCCAACUUUGUGGCAACAGUUUGGGGAAGGCCUUUUCCUGUUUCAGCAUGACAAUGCCUCCGUGCACAAAGCGAGGUCCAUACAGAAAUGGUUUGUCGAGAUUGGUGUGGAAGAACUUGACUGGCCUGCACAGAGCCCUGACCUUAGCCUCAUCAGACACCUUUGGGAUGAAUUGGAACCCCAACUGCGAGCCAGGCCUUAUUGCCCAACAUCAGUGCCUGACCUCACUAAUGCUCUUGUGGCUGAAUGAAAGCAUGUCCCUGCAGCAAUGUUCCAACAUCUAGUAGAAAGCCUUCUCAGAAGAGUGGAGGCUGUUAUAGCAGCAAAGGGGUGACCAACUCCAUAUUAAUGCCAAGUGUACACAUACUUUUUUAUCAUGUAGUGUAAUUUUGUAUAUAUUAUAUAUAUAUAGAUAGAUAGAUAUAAUUAGAUAUACAGGCUAGGAAGUUGACAAAGUUAGCAUUAUACAAUCCCCAAUAACACAUGAAAAGGCACUUAUUUAAACGCAGGUACGCACAAAAAAAGGACACAUGGAAAUGGGAACAAACUGCAUUUAUAGCUGAGGAAGGGAGAGGAAUGGUGAUUGUCAGAGUGAGUUUUACAUUUUCAGGAGUUCAGGUGUGGUGAAUUGGCAGUAGAGGAGGCAUGUCCAGAGGUGAAUUAGAGUGUUUGUGGAAUGACAUGACCCUUCAGAACACCAUCCAUACCAAUCAGGAUUUGUGAUGCUGCCUUUCUUAACCACCUAAUAUUGCUAAUUAUGGUCUCAAAGGACACUGAUUACAUUGGACUCACUGGACUGAAAGCAUUAUCCCACUAUUAUCCUGGCAUUUAUCUUACCUAAUGAUCACCAUAAGCUCAGUGUGCUAUUAGCAAAAUGCUCAUGUUCCUCCUAUUAUUUCAUACUUAGAUUGACUAGAUUCAUAUAGCAUUUCUUUCCCUGUCCUAUCUUAUCUUAAUCACAUUUCACCCUUUGGGCUCUCCUGUUUUUGCUUGGGCAAUUUUGAAAAACCAGUCUGCCCACAUUGCAGGGAAAUCACAUGGUCUGGUUAGACUUUGUUUGGCAAACAAAUGUUUAAGGAUGAAGGUCAUUAGAGAAACACAAACAAUGAGAACAUGAGAAUGAGUUAUUACAUGUUUGACCUUAAGGGAUACCUUUUCUGUUAUUUGGAUAGACUGUAUAUGCUGGCUUUUCACAUGGCAUGUGUCAUGCAUAGCUGUAUUUACCAUCACCUGACUAAUAUGUAGUUGAUAAUCUGUUUGGUAAUGUUUUAGAUUAGUAUUCUAACAAUGUGCACAUAGCGAGCAGUGUGUCAUAUUUUCCAUGAAAGAAAGGAUAAGAGGGGGAGUGGCCACUGUGAUGUGGGCCAAUCGCCUUUGCCAUCAAUACUUCGCAGUCAUGGAGAAUAACGGACAUUUUCCCACAAUGAUUUGAUGUGGGGAGUACAAGAGAUUCUCCUCUACCUGUUGCUGUUGGUACCAUAUUAACGCUAGAAUAAAGCCCAUAUUCCCUGGUCCACUGCCUGUCGUGUUUGCGUAAAACACAUUGCAUUAACGUUGCAGUCACAUUGUUUAUCCCUAAAGGUACGCAACCAGGGACCCUAGCACACACGCAUGCACACACACGCAUGCACAUCACACACACUGUUAGUUACAAGGCUUUUCUCACUGGUCCUCCAUUCUGGCACUGUCUACCCCAAUUUCAGAGAUGUUCACGCUGGAUACAACAUUAUUCUCUCUCCCUAUCCCUCUCUCUCUCUCCUUCCCUCCGCCCCCAAUCUCUCUCUCUCUCUCUGUCUCUCUCUCUCUCUGUCUCUGUCUCUGUCUCUCGCUCUCCUUCCCUCACUUCCUCGAUCAGGCAUAAAAACAGGGUGAAAUCAAUAAUCUCAGGCUGGGAAUGACACUUGGCGGUUUUAGAGGCUGCUUAGCCAUCCCUGGCCAUCCCUCUGGGGAAAUCCACUGGAGAUAAACAUUUACUGUGUUAACAUGUGAGAGACAGACAGACAGGCAGGCAAGCAGGCAGGGCAGGUGUGCUAGUGGAGCUGGAGUGGAAAUCAGACCUGGGUUCGAAUACUAUUUGAAGUCUUUUCAAAUACUUUAUCUAGGUUUUGAUUGAGUUUGCCUGCGGCAAUGGAACCCAUAGAAUAAUCCUAAAACUGAUAGGUAUUUGUAACCCAGGCUGGCUAGUAUUUGAGCAAAUGCUUAAAGUAUUUCAAAUAGUAUUUGAACCCAGGUCUGGCUGCUGGAGCACGCUGGAAAUAAGUGGGCUAUAAAACCUGUAGGGAUUAUACAGCACACACUGCUUAUACUAGACAGUGUGGUCAGAGGAGACCACAGUGAGAUUCCAUUAUAAAGUGUUGGUCUUUUUCCAGACACUGGCUAAUAGAAUCACAAGGGUCCCCCCCCCCCCCCCCCCCCCCAAACGUGAUUCAUUGUAUUAAUGUCAAUGUCAUGUUUCAUAAAGAGUAUUCUAUGCACACUAUUGGAUGGGAGUCCGCUGUGUGUGGUUUGUGUGGAUGUGUGCACCCAUGCAUGCGUGUGUGUCUCCUAUAUCUUCCACUUCACCAGAAUGUGUCCAAAUAUAUAUAACUUGUAUCUCUGUCUCUGUUUCUGUAGGACUUCCUUGGCCAGGCGUUCUGUACGUUGGGAGAGGUGGUGGGAUCGCUGGGCAGCCGCAUGGAGAAACCUCUCGUGUGAGUAACUCUGUUCCUCCAUUUUAAACCAAUUAACUCUAACCUCUGACUCCUAUUAUACGGUUUCACUCUAACCUCCAGCCUCCAUGCUAUACAACAUCACGACACUCACAUCGCAAACCCAUAUACAGUAUGGUCCUUUGUAGCUCAGUUGGUAGAGCAUGGCACCAGGAUAGUGGGUUUAAUUCCCGGGACCACCCGUAUGUUAAAUGUAUGCAUGCAUGACUGUAAGUCACUUUGGAUAAAAAAAUUCUGCUAAAUGGCAUAAUUGGCAACAAAUAAAAAAAGAUUCUAUAAAGAUUCUAUAUGCAGGCAAACCCUGACCCAGUUCUUAUGGCAUUCACUCACCUAAUCAUUAUAGAAUUUACACCCACACACACAAUUAUAACUCUGGUUCACCAUUUUACAUCAUCACUUUAACCCUGACCCCUGAUCUACUUCUCAUGGCUGUCAUUCACCAGUCAUUUAUUCUGAAAUACUUACAUCCACACACAGAAUUACUAGUGCACGUUUAUUGUCGACAUAUCAGUCUUUGACACACAAGAAAGUGUGGGAUGUCCAUGAACUGUGUAGUAUUAUUGACACUUUGUUCAUUGUCAUGACCUGAAGAAAGAAAAUACCAAAUGAAAUGUCUUGAGUCAGUAAGUAUUCAACCCUUUGUUAUGCAUGUCUAAAUAAGUUCAGGAGUAUAAAUGUGCUUAACAAGUCAUAUAAUAAGUUGCUUGGACUCAAUAUGUGUGCAAUUAUAGUGUUUAACAUGAUUUCUGAAUGACUACCUCAUCUCUGUAACCCACACAUACAAUUAUCUGUAAGGUCCCUCAGUUUCAAACACAGAUUACACCACAAAGACCAGGGAGGUUUUCCAAUGCCUCACAAAGAAUGGCACCUAUUGGUAGAUGGGUAAAAAUAAAGCAGACAUUGAAUAUCCCUUUGAGCAUGGUGAAGUUAUUUAUUACACUUUGGAUGGUGUAUCGAUACACCCAGUCACUACAAAGAUGCAGGCGUCCUUUCUAACUCAGUUGCCGGAGAGGAAGGAAACCUCUCAGGGAUUUCACCAAUGGUGAGUUUAAAACAGAGUUUGGCUGUGAUAGAACAAAACUGAGGAUGGAUCAACAACAUUGUAGUUACUCCACAAUACUAACCUAAUUGACAGAGUGAAAAGAAGGAAGUCUGUACAGCAUAAAAUAUUCCCAAACAUGCAUCCUGUUUGCAACUAGGCACUAAAGUAAUACUGCAAAAAAAAUGUGUCAUUAUAGGGUAUUGUGUGUAGUUGGGUGAGAAAAAUACAUCUAUUUUUUGAAUUCAGUCUGUAACACAACAAAAUAUGGAGUAAGUUAAGGGGUAUGAAUACUUUCUGAAGUAUGUGACCACACUCCUCACAGCUGACGCAUAAUAGCCAGUUAUGAAAUGACAGCCUACAAACCCACUUUCUCUAGGUUACUGGGUUGACUGCUGAACAGUCUGCUGCUAUCGCAGGUCUCUGUGUAUCUGGGGUCAAAAAUCACCUGGAGUUUUACUGUAGGAGGGAAAUCACUCACUAAUUCAAAGGCAUAACAUAAGUCUCUGAGCACUGAAGUAACGAGGCUGUUGGGAACAUGCAUUGAGGGUGGAGGUGUGUGUGUGUGUGUGUGCUUUUUAACACCACUCCCUCAUGGUGGGUUUUCCUGUUAACAGCAGGUGUGAGCUCAUUCUCUCUAAUGAGAUGUUUUCUCACACACAGACACACACACACACACGAUAAUGCUAACGCUGAUGCUCAUUACUAGAAUUCUGCUAGUUUAUGCCUUUCUCUCCUCUCUCUUCCUCACAUACAUUGUCACAAUCCCAGUCUCGUUUGUUUGACUAUAGUUAAAGGAAAAAUCCACUCUCAAACUAUCUUCUGGUAUUUUCUUCAUUAGUCCAAUGUUGAUACAGUCCCAAAAUGUUUUGCAUGUCAACAGUCAGGUUUUCAAGAAGCAAAGUGUCAGUUGCCAUAUCAUCAUGCUGAUACAAAAUGCCAACAAACAAAAAAACAAACAAAAUAUUGAGUGGUGUUUCCCUUUAAAGGAUGUCCGCUUACUGUAGCUAUUGGAAAGAUCAGUCAGUCUCACCCUAGAUUGUGUGCUGAGAUUGUCAAACCUGAUCCAAAGUACAGUAUCAUACAGUUGCAUAGUUCUGUACUAUAGGAACACAAAGUAUAUAUCAUACAGUUAGUUGCAUACUUCCUCAAGGAACACAAGUUACACAACACACUGACUUCACUGCAUCUUUUUAUUACAGAAUGAAGAGACUUUAUUGAUAUCCAGGGGUGAACUCAGUUUGAAUUAGUUUGAGUCAGUCAUGGAUUUUGGAUGAUGGUAAUUGGCCAGCAAAAUGACCGCGGUCUCCGUAAUAACCAUUCGAAUAGCAUUUUUUUUGUUAUGUAAUUUUUCUUUGACACAUUUUCUCCUCUCCUUCGCUCCUGAUGGCAUGUGCUGCCAUAGAAAUAGAAUGAAUGGAACAGGCGUCCCCAUUCAAGUCAAUGGUGACAUAAUGGGUGGACUGGUGGCCAUUGCGAGUGUACCCAUAGGAGCAACGCAGGAAGUAAAAGCAGUAUCAAUAUGUGAUGUGACUUGUUGAUUCAACUCAACUGAAAUUACAAAAAAUGUAUUCCAUUGCAUGAUCCACAUCAGUUAACAUAAUUUGAAUGAACAUUCUACAUUUCCUUGGAAAUUAUUGCAUCACAAUAUCAGGCAGCCAUUGCGAGUGUACCAAUGAGUUUACCAGUCAAAUUGCCAGGGUUAGAGGUUCCAAGCCUGUUCUAUUCAUUCUAUUUCUAUUUGUGCUGCUGCUGCAUUGUGUGGGGGCAACCGAAGACUUGUUUGUUUCAGCAAGGAGUAACAAAGUUUCAGCAAGUUGUUAAGAGUCCAUGUUACCACAGAAACAAACUCGACUGCACGAAUGCCCAGCCGUCCAGUCUUCAGUCAGCUGUUCGCUCCCAUUUAAAAAAAAAUGUUUUUAUGGUUAUGAGUUAUUUUAUUUUCAUGACGGUCUUCAUCCAUAACCGGCGGUUACACGGUUGUACGGUUAUGGUGAUUUUCCAGCCCUACUUUGAAUAGUUGUAGUAGUUAGAGAAGAUCAUUGUCGCUCUGUGGCCUUUGUCCUUUCAUUUGAAAGGAACAUCAUUAAGAGGAGUCUGCAGACAACAAUGUUCUGUGUCCUCUGUUUAAUUUAGUGAAUUGCCAUAAGGCAAAAGUGAUAACUAAGUGGCUCGGGGAACAAAACAUCGACAUUUUGGGUCCAUGGCCAGGAAACUCCCCAGACCUUAAUCCCACUGAGAACUUGUGGUCGAUCCUCAAGAGGCGGGUGGACUAACAAAAACCCACAAAUUCUGACAAACUCCAAGCAUUGAUUAUGCAAGAAUGGGCUGCCAUCAGUCAGGAUGUAGCCCAGAAGUUAAUUGACAGCAUGCCAGGGCGGAUUUCAGAGGUCUUGAAAAAGAAGGCAUACAAGACCACUGAUAAUCUCCCUCGAUCUGGGGCUCCACGCAAGGUCUCACCCCGUGGGGUCAAAAUGAUUACAAGAACGGUGAGCAAAAAUCCCAGAACCACACGGGGGGACCUAGUGAAUGACCUACAGAGAGCUGUGACCAAAAUAACAAAGCCUACCAUCAGUAACACACUACGCCGCCAGGGACUCAAAUCCUGCAGUGCCAGACGUGUCCCCCUGCUUAAGCCAGUACAUGUCCAGGCCCGUCUGAAGUUUGCUAGAGUGCAUUUGGAUGAUCCAGAAGAGGAUUGGGAGAAUGUCAUAUGGUCAGAUGAAACUUUGAAAAUUGUUAAAAACUCAACUCGUCGUGUUUGGAGGACAAAGAAUGCGGAGUUGCAUCCAAAGAACACCAUACCUACUGUGAAGCAUGGGGGUGGAAACAUCAUGCUUUGGGGCUGUUUUUCUGCAAAGGGACCAGGACGACUGAUCCGUGUAAAGGAAAGAAUGAAUGGGGCCAUGUAUCGUGAGAUUUUGAGUGAAAACCUCCUUCCAUCAGCAAGGGCAUUGAAGAUGAAACGUGGCUGGGUCUUUCAGCAUGACAAUGAUCCCAAACACACCGCCCGGGCAACGAAGGAGUGGCUUCGUAAGAAGCAUUUCAAGGUCCUGGAGUGGCCUAGCCAGUCUCCAGAUCUCAACCCCAUAGAAAAUCUUUGGAGGGAGUUGAAAGUCUGUGUUGCCCAGCGACAGCCCCAAAACAUCACUGCUCUAGAGGAGAUCUGCAUGGAGGAAUGGGCCAAAAUACCAGCAACAGUGUGUGAAAACCUUGUGAAGACUUACAGAAAACGUUUGACCUGUGUCAUUGCCAACAAAGGGUAUAUAACAAAGUAUUGAGAAACUUUUGUUAUUGACCAAAUACUUAUUUUCCACCACAAGUUGCAAAUAAAUUCAUAAAAAAUCCUACAAUGUGAUUUUCUGGAUUUUUUUUCUCAUUUUGUCUGUCAUAAUUGACGUGUACCUAUAAUGAAGAUUACAGGUCUCUCUCAUUUUUUUAAGUGGGAGAACUUGCACAAUUGGUGGCUGACUAAAUACUUUUUUUCCCCACUGUAUACCACAGUAACGUCUGACAAAAAUAUCUCAUAACUCUGAAGCAGCGAACUUUGUGAAGACCAAUACUUGUGUCAUUCUCAAAACUUUUGACCACGACUGGAUUACUUCCCAUUGCAAAACACAUUUCAUGUUUAGCACACAAAGUAACUGGUGACCUAAAGUUUAAAGUAGAACUGACAGCGUUUUAACUACUUUGCAGAUUUGAAACAAACAGACAAUCAUAAUAUCAGUAAAAAUAUACAAAACCAACUUCGUAAGAUAGGUUCUAUUUGACUCAACAUUCCAUGACGUACAGGAAGGCAUUGUUGGCAGAAUAGAUGGAUGCAGUUCAAUGCAUGAUUAAUAUAAUUCACCAAUACAUUUCUUGGUAGUCCAAAAAAUAUUGCUAUCAGGUUGUAAAUCACAGCUGGCCUGGAACAUUGUUUGCUGCCUCCAUUCGGGAUGCACUGUUUCAGUUUCAAUUACUCAAUAUUCUGGACAAAAACUGACAAAUGUAACUAAGGCUGGGAAUGUCAAUACAAUAAAACUAGCAAGGGCAGUGAUCACAUGUCAGUCAUAACGUGGCUAAUAGGCUAGCGUAUCUAUUUAUGUAGCAAGCUAAAAACACAGAGUCUAACAUUAGCUAGAUAGCUAGCUGCUAGGAGGAUGUCAUGUCAUGCCAUUGGAGGAGUGGGUGAGUGACUGACUUUUUCCCCUCAUAUCGUUUUUCAGUGGCUAUACACAGCUAGAGAUGCUGGUGUCAUUUGGUUAUCUAGCAAGAAAUUGAACGACUGUUAUCCAGGUAGCAUAUCGCUUGCGUUCGCAAAUUCACUAUGGCUAUAUACUCCGAUUUCAGAGCACUCUCGUCUGAGUGUGCCAGGGGGCAGAACAACUGAUGAAUUUACAAACGCGCAACACCCGCUGAAUAUGACCGGUGUCAGUAAACAUAGGCAAAAAAAGUAAUCGUUAGUCAAGAACUCUCUAAAUAACAUUUAAACAGCCUAACCAGCUCUGCUACAGCGAGUAAAAUUAUCAGAGUGAGGUGUUCUCUCAUUUGUGUCUGGGAGUAGCUAGCUAGCCAACUUUAGCCAGUUAGCUUGGGUGCUUUGUUGGGAUAAGCAUGCAUUGGCAGGCAAGCUACCAUAAGGACGAGGAGAUUACAAUUCCCCAUCAUUUAUCAGUGCAAUGUUGACAGCCAACUAGCUGAAAAAAGUUUGAGGGUUUAUCUAAUGUUCCUUCAUUAGAUUUUAGCUCAUCUUGCUCUGGCUAGCAUUAGUUGUUGAUCUUGUUGUUUUGCAAAAAUUGUACAAACGCACAGCCGCUUUCCCACCUUAUAUUGCUGUAGAAUUUUGACAAAUGCCUUAGUAUACUUAAUUCCCAAACAUUCUAAGAAGUUGUGAAAAUGACCAUAUCUAAGUGCUCGCUUGUCUUCCUGGGGGUGUAUAUGAACAGAUUUUAUUAAGAUUUCAUGUUGCUUAAAUGCUGUGAGUUCCACUUUAAACGCAACAAUGUUUCACACACAUAAGUUAUUUUCAAAGAGAUGGUUAACAGCAAGCGCGUUGCAAUAAAAAACACAGUUCCACUUACCAGAUGAUGAUCAUUUGAAACUUAACUUCUUGUUGAAAGUUAUUGAAAAGGGAGAAACUAACAAAUUAGCAACAACAUCCUCUUUGAUAACACCUGCUGCAGCCACUGCAAACUAGCCACCACAAAAGCAAUGUUAUUAUGGUGGUGAUUUGACAAAAUUACAAUCAUGUUCUUAAAUUGGACUCGCAUUUUUCUGGUCUUGGUCUUGACUCGGUUUCGGACCCAUUGUCGUUCCCCUCCCGGUCUUGGUCUUGACUCGGUCUCGCCCCUCCUCCGGUCUUGGUCUUUACUCUGACUCGAUUUGCUCCGGUCUUGGUCCUGAAUCGGUCUCACUUUAGGUGGUCUCAAACACAACACUGGGUCAUGACCCUCCCAAUAUUAGAAACAGGUGAAAUUGAUCCCCCCCCCCACUAUAAAUCGAAUAAAUAUGUCACAACUAGCUGUUACCAAUUGUCACUCGAGAUGCGCACAUCGUCACUUCGCAAUAGAAACCUUCUCCAUUUGAAAAAUAUCAUUUUCUAUAUAAUUCUUAUUCGUGCUCAUGAAUUUACCAUGUCCUCUGAGGACCGGGCCAAACCAAGCAUAAUUUAAGGAAUUGAUGCUCACUCACUACAUAUAUUAUGCAUUUCUUUAGUCUCGUUUCAAAACUUUGCAUGCACUUCAUUGCACUUUCAAUGAAUCUAUCCUGUUGCUUCAAGCUCGGAUCAGCUGCCUAAAAGCAAUUUCUUGGCAUCUCUUCAAAUGUAUAUGUCUUUAUAAUAGGAUUUUCCAGUUGAAGAGAGCUGUGACGAGCUGGAUUGAAAAUUAUAAACAAACGCCAAUCUGGCAGCCCCCUGUGGGUGCUCCACACUCUUCACCGCACUGCUCACAUCAGAGUGCUACUCUUGGCCUCAUUUCAAACCUCACACACACGCAUGCACACUCACAUAAGCAAGUAUAAACACACACAUGCAUGCCUGUAAGCUGUUUAUAUAUAUUUAUUUAUUUGCUUUUCACAUACAUGUUAUUAUUAGUAAUACAAUAAUAAUACUAUAAUAAUGAAUUAUUACAACAUAGCAUUAAUUGUAUUUUCCAGGUGGGGGGAGGAGAUGGUGCACGUAUGCUGGAACACACACACACUCCCCUGCCACCUCCUGGGUAGCAGUCACCAUGGUGAUAGUCAUUCCAGUAAACAUGUAGAUAUUGUGUUGUAUUGGCCCUUUCGGAUACCUUUCCAAAGUGCAAAACGAUGUCAGUACUCCCUCUUUUCCCUCUUCUCAUACUCAAGUCAUUACUGACAAUGAUGUCUAUAACCUUUUUAAAUCAGCACUAUUCUUUUAGGGUAUUGCUAUAGACCACCAAGUGCUAACACUCAGUAUCUAGAUCAUUUGUGUGAACUGCUUGAUAGUGUAUAUGAUGUAAACAGAGAGGUCUACUUUCUUGGGGACCUGAAUGUUGACUGGUUUUCAUCAAGCUGUCUGCUCAAGAGGAAGCUUCUAACUGUAACCAGUGCCUGUAAUCUGGUUCAGGUUAUUAAUCAACCUACCAGGGUGUUUACAAACACUACAGGAACAAUAUCAUCCACAUGUUUUGCUCACAUUUUUACUAAUACUGUAGAACUUUGUUCUAAAGCUGUAUCCAUAACCAUUGGAUGCAGUGAUCACUAUAUCCAGGAAAGCCAAGGUUCCAAAAGCUGGGCCUGAAAUAGUUCAGGAGUCUUAUGGCUUGGUGGUAUAAGCUGAUAAGAAGACUUUUGGACCUAGAGUUGGCGCUCCGGUAUCGCUUGCCGUGGGGUAGCAGAGAGAACAGUCUACAACUAGGGUGGCUGGAGUCUUUUGCAUUUUUUAGGGCCUUCCUCUGAUACCGCCUGGUAUAGAGGUCCUGGAUGGCAGGAAGCUUGCCCAGUGAUGUACUGGGCCGCACACACUACCCUCUGUAGUGCCUUGCUGUCGGAGGCCGAGCAGUUGCCAUACCAGGUGGUGAUGCAACCAGUCAGGAUGCUCUCGAUGGACCCAUGCCAAAUCUUGAAAUAGGUGUUGUCAUGCCCUCUUCACAACUCUCUUGGUGUGUUUGGACCAUGAUAGUUCGUUGGUGAUAUGGACAACUACAGCCAGGUCGAUGAGAAUGGGGGCGUGCUCGGCACUCCUUUUCCUGUAGUCCACGAUCAUCUCCUUUGUCUUGAUCACAUUGAGGGGGAGGUUGUUAUCCUGGCACCACACUGCCAGGUCUCUGACCUCCUCCCUACAGGCAGUAUCAUCAUUGUCGGUGAUCAAGCCUACCACUGUUGUGUCAUCGGCAAACUUAAUGAUGGUGUUGGGUCGUGCUUGGCCAUGCAGUCAUGGGUGAACAUGGAGUACAGGAGGGUACUGAGCACGAACCCCUGAGGGGUCCCCGUGUUCAGGAUCAGCAUGGCAGAUGUGUUGUUACCUACGCUUACCACCUGGGGGCGGCCCGUCAGGAAGUCCAGGAUCCAGUUGCAGAGGGAGGUGUUUAGUCCCAGGGUCCUUACCUUAGAGAUGAGCUUUGAGGGCACCAUGGUGUGGAACGCUGAGCUGUAGUCAAUGAAUAGCAUUCUCACGUAGGUGUUCCUUUUGUCCAGGUGGGAAAGGGCAGUGUGGGGUGCUAUAGAGAUUGCGUCAGCUGUGGAUCUGUUUGGGUGGUAUGCAAAUUGGAGUGGAUCUAGUGUUUCUGGGAUAAUGGUGUUGAUGUGAGCCAUGACCAGCCUUUCAAAGCACUUCAUGGCUACAGACUUGAGUGCUACGGGUCGGUAGUCAUUUACGCAUGUUACCUUGGUGUUCUUGGGCACAGGGACUAUGGUGGUCUGCUUGAAACAUGUAGGUAUUACAGACUCGGUCAGGGACAAGUUGAAAAUAUCAGUGAAGACACUUUCCAGUUGGUCCGCGCAUGCUUGGAGUACACGUCCUGGUAAUCUGUCUGGCCCUGCGGCCUUGUGAAUGUUGAGCUGUUUAAAGGUCUUACUCACAUCGGCUACAGAGAGCGUGAUCACACAGUCGUCCGGAACAGCUGAUGCUCUCAUGCAUGCUUCAACGUUGCUUGCCUCAAAGUGCGCACUUGUCACUGGUACUUCCUGCUUUAGUUUUUGCUUGUAAGCAGGAAUCAGGAGGAUAGAGUUAUGGUCAGAUUUGCCAAAUGGAGGGCAAGUGAGAGCUUUGUACGCGUCUGUGUGUGUGGAGUAAAGGUGGUCUAGAGUUUUUUUUCUCCUUCUGGUUGCACAUGUAACAUGCUGGUAGAAAUGAGGUAAAACGGAUGUAAGUUUCCCUGCAUUAAAGUCCCCGGCCACUAGGAGCGCUGUAUGGUUGAAAUAGAUUGGGCAAAAGGAGUGGCUAAUAUGUCUGGCUGCAUAUCUGACUGGUUGACUUACUGCAAAUUGAGAAAUGAUGUGGCUAAACUCAACAACAACAAGAAGAGACCGUAUUAUGAAGCCAAAAUCAAUGAUAUAAAGAAUGAUGGAAAAAAAACUUUGGAGUGCUUUAAAUGAAAUUAUGGGCAGAAAGACAAAUUCACCUCUAUCAUUUAUCGAAUCAGAUGGCUUAUUCAUCACAAAACCAUUUGAUGUUGCCAAUUAUUUUAACGAUUACAUCAUUGGCAAAGUGGGCAAACUUAGGCAGGAAAUGCCAACAACGAACAGUGAGCCAUCAUAUUCAUGCAUAAAACGAAUAAUGAAAGAAAAGCAUUGUAAGUUUUAAUUUUGUAAAGUUAGUGUGGGAGAGGUGGAUGUUUUUGUUGUUAUUGAUCAAUAAUGACAAACCUCUUGACAUUGACAACUUAGAUGGAAAGCUAGUGAGGAUGGUAACUGACUCUAUAGCCACUCCUAUCUGUUAUAUCUUUAAUCUGAGCCUAGAGGAAAGUGUUUGUCCUCAUGCCUGGAGGCAAGCCAAAGUAGAUAAUGGUAAAGCGGCCCAUGAAUGGUAAAGUGGCCUUUGCUGGUUCUUACAGCCGACCUAUCAGCUUGCCUGCAGCUCUUAGCAAACUGUUGAAAAAAAUUGUGUUAGACAAAUACAAUGCUAUUUCUCUGUAAACAAAUUAACAGACUUUCAGCAUUCGUAUAGAGAAGGGCACUCAACAUGUACUGCACUGACACAAAUGACAUUGAUAAUUGUGACGACAGACGCUGAAAGAUGGGAAGCAAGUACAGGGUGAGGAUUUAAUAAUAAAUAGACAUGAAACAAAGCAAGAACAGCGUCUGGACGAGAGAAACAAAACAACAUCAAUGCAGACACGGGAAUGAAACUGAGGAAGUGACAGAUACAGUGGGGAAAAAAAGUAUUUAGUCAGCCACCAAUUGUGCAAGUUCUCCCACUUAAAAAGAUGAGAGAGGCCUGUAAUUUUCAUCAUAGGUACACGUCAACUAUGACAGACAAAAUGAGAUUUUUUUUUUUUUUUUUUCAGAAAAUCACAUUGUAGGAUUUUUAAUGAAUUUAUUUGCAAAUGAUGGUGGAAAAUAAGUAUUUGGUCACCUUUGGUCAACUUGCACAAUUGGUGGCUGACUAAAUACUUUUUUUCCCCACUGUAUAGGGGAGGCAAUCAAUGAUGUGAUGGAGUCCAGGUGAGUCCGAUGAAGUGCUGGUGCGUGCAACGAUAGUGACAGGUGUGCGUAAUGAUGGGCAGCCUGGCGCCCUCGAUCGUCAGGGAAGGGAAGCGGGAGCAGGCGUGACAAUAAUAAGAAGACUGUGGGAGCUGUACUGUUAGAUUUCAGUGCAGCCUUUGAUAUUAUUGACCAUAACCUUUUGUUGAAAAACCUUAUGUGUUAUGGCUUUUUAACCUCUAAUAUCGUGGAUUCAGAGCUAUCUAUCUAAUAGAACACAAAGGGUUUUCUUUAAUGGAAGCUUGGUGUACCGCAGGGCAGCUCCCUUGGCCCUCUACUCUUUUCUGUUUUUACCAGUGACCUGCCACUGACAUUAAACAAAGCCUAUGUGUCCAUGUAUGCUGAUGAUUCAACCCUAUACACGUCAGCAACCCCAGCUAGUGAAAUCACUGCAACCCUAAAAAAAAUAGUUGCAGUCAGUUUUAGAAUGGGUGGCCAGUAGGGCUGACCCCAUUUAGUCUACUGGUCGAUUGUUUGGUCGGUCGACUGAGACCUGUCUGAUUCGCGCCUGUCUCAGUGGACUAAUCCAUUGUGGAUGCCACAGGGAUGGCACAGUCCAUCCCUCUAAGACAUGUCAUACUGAAAUUGUAUAUGGUUAUAUAACUAAUAAAUCGAAUAUUAUUUUGUAACAAAUGCGCUUUCUCCCACGUUGGAUACAAUUGCUGUCCGCGGUUCUGAAACAUAAUCUUCAGUGCACCGUAGAAUUGGCGCCUUUCCCUAUGUUGCUAUGUGCAUAAUAGCGAAGUUAACCAGCAUAUUGGGAUUGAGAACAAAGAGGCGGAGGCAGCAGCAGCAGAGACGAGGAAACAGCCCUUGCCUUAGCCUAAUUGUCUAAGAAAAUUAAGGAGAGAGGAAACCCCAAUUUAAUUUGGUCUAUAAUCAAUAGCCUAACUGUUAAAUGUGCCUGGCUUUAUAAAUCAUCCAUAUAUACUGUAGCUACAGAAAUAAGACAGAUCUUGCUUCUGUUGCCUGUUUGAGUGUUUGUUUAAUAGCCUACUGAUUCCGUGAGCACCAAGCCUCAUGCAUCGGCAAAAUGUUGGAUAAUGCAAUUUCACAGAUUCGGCUGUUUUUAAUGUUUUCUAUGCUGUAAUAAAGGCUUUACAAUUUUGUUUUGUUAGAACAGACUGGUAUUACUUAUAAUUUAUUUAGUGUUGUUUACACUGUUCCAAACAGGCAGAAAAAUGAUAUUGUAAUCUAACAGCACCUGUUUGUCACACAUAAUAUGCACCCAGCUUUCGGCUCUCGCUCCUAUACCCUCCUUUUUCUUGAUCUCCUUCUUAUUGUUAUUAUUACAAUUAUUAUUAUGAUCAUCAUUAUGAUAAUAUGUAAUGUCGUUAUCAUUAGUAGGCUGUAGGCCUAAGAGCGCGUCCUGUUUAGUCUUAAUACCGUAACUUACUUAGGCCUAUAUUUCAAUACAUAGGCUAAUGUAUCAAUCAAUCAUUCAUUCGUUUGUGCGUCACACAGCAUACCAGACAUUCAUGCUUUGAAAUGCAAUCAAGCAUUUUUUUGUAUUUAUUAAAUAACAAAGGGAGCUUUGAAUAAUUAGCCUAAACAAUAAAUAAACCGCAAGUCACGAAUGCGUGCACCUGUUUUUAGAGUGCUGUAAUAAACGCUUUAUAAAUAUUUUUUUCCGUUGGUAAAGACUCUGGUAAAAUAAAAUAAAAUACAAUUGUAUUUGUCACAUGCACCGAAUACAACAGGUGUUGUUUACACUGUUCCAAAUGGUCAGAAAAAAUAUUGUAAUCUAACAGCAACUGUUUGGCACACAUAAUACUCACGCAAUGCUUGCUCCUAUACCCUCCUUUUUGUUGAUCUCCAGUAGUUUCCACAACUUUUUCGUAAACAAAUGAGGGAAUUCGGUAACAGAACUCUUCAGUCAGAAACAAGUAAGAAACUAAAUUGCUGAAAAGAUGUUGCAGCUUCAGCACGGACAGCACAAUAAACACUUGCUGUGCUGUGGUGCCUUUUCGCUGCAGUAGGGAGGAGAGCGAGACAACGUGCGCCAGUCACACAGGCACUCGCUGCCAUUUUUCUUUACACAGUGUGACCAUCGGGCUCUUUCUUGAGUCAUUUGUGUGUCUUAAUUGUUUAAUCAAACAGUGUGCUUGAAGCAUCAGACAAGCUCAGUACAUAUGUAGUUGUGUUUUUCAAACACAUAGGGUGUGUCUGUCUAUAUAUGGAAAAAUGUAUUCAAACAUUUCGACCAAUCAAUUGGUCGAAAGAACAGGAUGACUCUCGGUCGACCAAGAUUUUUUUUUGUGGGGACAGCCCUAGUAGCCAGUAAUAAACUGGUGCUGAACAUCUCUAAAACUAUGAACAUUGUAUUUGGUACACAUCAUUCCCUAAGUUCUAGACCUCAGCUGAAUCUGGUAAUGAAUGGUGUGGCUGUUGAGCAAGUUGAGGAGACUAAAUUACUUGGUGUUACAUUAGAUUGUAAACUGUCAUGGUCAAAACAUAUUGAUUCAAUGGUUGUAUAGAUUGGGAGAGGUAUGUUUGUGAUAAAGAGAAGCUAUGCUUUUUUGAAACCACACUCCACAAAGCAAGUCCUGCAGGCUCUAGUUUUAUCUUAUCUUGAUUAUUGUCGAGUCAUGUGGUCAAGUGCUGCAAAGAAGUACCUAGUUAAGCUGCAGCUGACCCAGAAAAGAGCGGCACGUUUUGCUUUUCUUGGCUAAGAGUUGAGGGAAAGACUGACUGCAUCGCUUUUUUAUAAGAAACAUUAAUGUGUUGGAAAUUCCUAAUUGUUUGCAGUCAACUUACACACAGCACUGACACACACACUUCUGAUUCAGUCAUAAUGGAUGGUUGAUGGAUAGGCAAUUAUCAUAAUUCUGAAUAGAAUAUGGUGUAUGCAUGCAUUAGAUGAUACAGCACAAAGCUAUUUAGGUACAUCUACAGUUAUUUAAUGUUUACUUUGCUUUAAUACUCAUAAUUACUGAUAGAUUGGUAGACCUGUUUCUGAGCUAAUGUAUGCCAUUUUCUAAGCUAAUUUAUGCCAUUGCCUAUAUUAAUUAAUUAUCAACGCCAGCAUGUUAUAUUCAGCUACAGUAAUUGAUUGUUCACUUGGUUCUCAUGCUGAGGUGAGUAGAGGGUGAACAGAGAGCGAGAGACCCAGAAAGAGAGAUGGAGGGGGAGAGGGAAAGAGAGAGAGAGAAAGAAAGACAAAGAGAGAAUGACACAGGGAGAGAGAGAGAGACUGGGAGAGAGAGAGACUGGGGGAGAGAGAGAGACGCUCUAGUGCCUCUCACCCUAUCUGUCGUCAGACAUACACCUGCACCUGAUCGUGACGGGGGGACCUUUAAUUACCUUAAUGAAUGUUAAUUACCUCUAAUUACACAGUUCAAUCAGCACUCCAAUGGGCGUGUGUGUGUGGGGGGGGGGGUUGGGGGGGGGGGGUUAUUUUAAGACAAUUGUUGUCAGCAGACUGAGAAGUGUGUUGACAUCUAUAGUGUGCCAUGCAAUCUGUAGUGUGUCCUAUUAUUUCAGCAUGUUUGAGUAGGUGUGUAUGUGUGUGCUAUCUCACGACUGAUUCAAACUGAGCAGCAAGGCAGUGAAGGCCCCAACAUACAGCUGAAUGAGUAAAGGGGAAGAGAGGGAGAAACAACUGUGAUGUUAUGAUCUUCUCUACAUCUGCUCUGCACUUCAGUGGUGAGGAUGGCGGUUCUCAUCCUAUGAUAUCACAAGGAGCCUAGUUCUCCCCGGUCAAUAAAGGUUUGAGGUAAAGAAGGGAUAUAUGGGUAAACACAGUAAGCCUUGGAUAAGUACACACCCUGGACAGGAAGCUGGUCUGAGUAAUCUCGGGCAACUCAAUAAUCUACUACUCUAACAGUGUAUUGGAGGUAUUUAAAGAAUAAAUGUGGAUACUUUAGCUAUUUUUACUAAAUUAUCCCUCACUUAACAAACCGCCCCCCCUCUUUUCAGGUUUUUGUUCAAUUGAAAAUAGCUCUUGAGUUAAGUAAAUUCUGCCGGAGCAAUUUGCAUUGCAUUUCCAUAAUAUUAUCAAUUACAUUUUCCUGAGCCACCAUAAUGACUUUCAGAUUUGUCAUAGCGUCUUUCAUUUUUAUGGCCUCUUGAAUAUUCAAUAAGCCACAAAGGCCAUGACAGAAUGUCUUUAUCUGAACAUGAAUCUCUUUCCUCUGGAAAGGUAAUAUACAUUUAUUACAGGACAUGAGGUUGUAGGAGACUAGAGAAAAGUUAUAUGGCUUUAAUAUAGACUGCUGUUGUGAGAGGGAGGGAGGGAGGGAGGGAGGGAGGGAAGCAAUACCCUUUCACUGUUGAGCCAAGCUGUACUCUGCUGGCCUGGUUACUAAUCUACCUACGUUGCUGGAACUGUGCUUGGAAAGAUGUUUGAGGUUGUAGUAGUAGUGAGGACAGAAAAUAAUGCUAUGGAAAGUCACUGGGGUGGUUAGGUAUGACUCCUUUGGAUUUCCAUAAAAAGCGGGAAAAAUCACUUCUCAUCUCUGGUAGUGAAUAACGUGAUAUGCCUCUGCCUGAAAUAUUUGAUUUUGGUAUAUAACGGCGGGUCAAGUUUACCAGUCGGCCCAGGACGCUGUGUUGGAGGCCGAACUGUCUCCUUCCUGCUCCUUUGCUGUUCCUAUGUGGGGUGCUCUGCAGUAGUGUCUGACCUAUGAUGGAGAGAAAAUGACUGCACCGCAAAAUUUUCCUGGGUGUGGCACGGAAGUUUUGUCACUGCUGGAGACAAUCUCAGUGUCCACUAUGCAUCGAGAGAGAAUGCUCCCUUACCUGUUCAACAAAGGCCUAUGCGGGGACGUUUGUGCCCCCGCAUCGCCAAAAAGUUAGUGGACAGUGUUUAGGGCCUGGGCAAAGUGUUAAUCUGCCUUGGCACAACUGCUAUGAUGAUCCUUUAUUUGCUCCGCCAAUCUACAUUCACCAAAUGGACAUACCAUGUUGGUCAAUAUGUAUCAUGUACCCAGUGCUUGUUUGGAAUGUGCCAUUCUGCCUUGCUGUCACGUGUCUAUUAGUUUGGCUAGUGUGUGCAUUUUUAAGGGGUGGUUAGAAAUACUGAACUGUAAUGAUUUCAGUUGAAGGGAAAAUGACCACUGCUACGUCCUGACAAUGUUUGAGGUUACUGCUUAUGUGUGAGGAACGUGUCUCGAGCAUAAAAAAUGUCGAGACAAGAAUAAGGGGAGGGUUGUGUGGCGAAGACGCACUAUAGGCAUGUCUCUCGCCACUAUUGCUGACUCCCGCCAAAUCGUGUGCCCUAUUUGUUUCAUUGUGUCAAUUGUUUAUCAAUGCUCCAUGACAUAUAUAUUCAUCAGUGAAGUUACUGUUAAUCCCAACAUAUUCCCCCAUUCAUUUGGAAUGUUUGGUUACAAAAUGUUUAUAAUUCAUUAAAUAUUAAAUUCAUGCCAUUCUCAUUCUCCAAGUGAAAACGUUAUUUGGAGAGCUCACAAACCGCGCAACACUUAUGAUAAAGAACUUUUGGUUUGUUUAAUUGCAUUUACCAGUUUACUGUCAAUUACUUUGUUGUCUUUGUUUGGAAAGCAUGUAUCCGGUUUCUCCGCCAUGUUUAAUGUUGUGUGAAAGCACGUGCUUUAGCGUCCAUAGAUAUAGGCCUACAUUACCUGGCUUGCGCGCCAAGAAUGGGUGUGGCCAAAUGUAUUUAAGUCCCUGUUUGGGGAUGUUCUUGUUAGUUCACUUUUGGGAGGCUGUAUCUGAGCAUGGUAGACCCCACCUGUGCUUUAUUGGUUAAGACAGGUUUUGCCUAAUGAGAGGCUUUUUCUUUUGAAUUCUGACAUUUUGAGUCCAGAAAUGUGUGUAUAUAUGUAUGCAGACCUCUUGACUUUUUCCACAUUUUGUUAGGUUACAGCCUUAUUCUAAAAUGUAUUUAAAUUGUUUUUUCCCCUCAUCAAUCUACACACAAUACCCCAUAAUGAUAAAGCAAAAACAGGAUUUUAGAAAUUUGCUAAUUUAUACAAUAACAAAAAUGGAAAUAUAACAUUUACAUAUGUAUUCAGACCCUUUACUCAGUACUUUGUUGAAGCUCCUUUGGCAGCGAUUACAGCCUUGAGUCUUCUUGCGUAUGACGCUACGAGCUUGGCACACCUGUAUUUGGGGAGUUUCCCCAUUCUUCUCUGCAGAUCCUCUCAAGCUCUGUCAGGUUGGAUGGGGAGCGUUGCUGCACAGCUAUUUUCAGGUUUCUCCAGAGAUGUUAGGUCGGGUUCAAGUCCGGGCUCUGGCUGGGCCACUCAAGGACAUUCAGAGACUUGUCCAGAAGCCACUCCUGUGUUGUCUUGGCUGUGUGUUUAGGGUCGUUUUCCUGUUGGAUGGUGAAACUUCGCCCAGUCUGAGGUCCUGAGGCAUCUGGAGCAGGUUUUCAUCAAGGAUCUCUCUGUACUUUGCUCCGUUCAUCUUUGCCUCGAUCCUGACUAGUCUCCCAGUCCCUGCCACUGAAAAACAUCCCCACAGCAUGAUGCUGCCACCACCAUGCUUCACCGUAGGGAUGGUAACGCUUGGCAUUCAGGCCAAAGAGUUCAAUCUUGGUUUCAUUAGACCAGAGAAUCUUGUUUCUCAUGGUCAGAGUCUUUAGGUGCCUGGAGUGCUGCAGAGAUGGUUGUCUUUCUGGAUGCUUUAUUGUGGUAUAGCGUGAUAUAAGCAGAAUUCAAUAUAAUUCCAAUGCAACAACCCCUCUGAAAAAAUGUCCCCUCGCCGAAUUCAACUGCCCCCUUAGUCACUUUAUCCUGGCGCCAGGUCUGGUCUUGAGAGAAUAAGACCCUAAUUGUGUUGAGCUGAAUCAAGGAAAGUAGCUAAACUGUGUUAAUAUCACAGCGUCUUUGUAAUAUUGAAUAGGGCUAACUGGCUCAGUUAAAAAAGUCAUCCUUUCCAAGACCUCACCUGCGUAUCUCUACACUGUACAUAGAUUUCCCUGGCUCAGGAUGUGUGGUCUAAUGAUAAUUGUUAUUUCCUUCAGGUCUCUCUCGUCUCUCCAGGGAGGAGGGGAAGAUAAUUGCUCUACCCCCCCGUAACGCCGCAGGUUGCUAAGAUGUAAUUAUAAUUACCUACCUAGUGCCUCUCCCUCUACUUUGCUCUCUCUCUCUCCUGACGCUGAUUGCAAAUCCAUGUGUCUUGAUUAGAAGGUUUUGGAAGUGUUGCUUCUGAAUACACACAGAGCAAGGAGGGGGUGGUGAGCGAAAGAAAGAGGUGAAAGACAAAGCGAGAUACAGGAGAAAGAGAGCGAGAGGUAAAAGAGAGCAGAAGAGGGAGGGAUAGGGUGAUGAGAAAGCAAGAGAGAUGUGUAUGAGCGAAAGAGAGGUGACAGAGACCGAGAGAGCGUUUUACUUCUUAAGGCGUUUAUGAUGAUUUAUUUGACAUUUGACAUUUUAGUCAUUUAGCAGACGCUCUUAUCCAGAGCGACUUACAGUUAGUGAGUGCAUAAAAAAAAAAAAAUGUCGUACUGGAAUCGAACCCACAACCCUGGUGUUGCAAAUGCCAUGCUCUACCAACUGAGCUACAUCCCUGCCGGCCAUUGCCUCCCCUACCCUGGACGAAUUGUGCGCCGCCCCAUGGGUCUCCCGGUCACGGCCGGCUACGACAGAGCCUGGAUUCGAACCAGGAUCUCUAGUAGAACAGCUAGCACUGCGAUGCAGUGCCUUAGACCACUGCGCCACUCGGGAGGCAUUUUCACAUAUAUCGUUAAUGUUGACCUCCAGACCUGUCAUCGGUUGUUGUGUAAUAAAUACAGAUUUUUGUCUUCCUGACAGAAGGUCUCUAUUACUUGGGUCGUUCCACGAAAUGAGUGCCUUUUGUAACCUUUGUGACCUGUGUGAAACUAGCCACAAUAAGGAUUAGCCACAAUAGUGGAAUUUGCGGUUCGCCUUCAAAAUAAAAGUCCCCAUUGAAACUGAUGCAAACGGAUACAAAUAGUGGAAUAAUACCAUAUUUGGACUACAAAAUGCUAAACAAGGUUGGAAUGUUCAACAAAAGACAAUAAGUAGUUAAUUUCACACAAAAAAAGUAAAAAAUCAGUUGAAAUCGCACUGUUGAUGUAAUAGACUUGUUGACAAGUAUAUUGACAAAUAUUAGCGCUGUUGCUCUUAUUGUGGGACUUUAACUAUGGGAAAUCACCUCACUAUCCAGCAUAUUGGCAUUCAUAUUACAAUGUACAGCUUUAGCUAUGGGUCUUGGGCUGGUGCGCAGCUCCCCCCGGGACUGCCAUGCAGAAGAAAUAUCAGCACGCACAUAGAAGCACGAGAUUGAACUGAGUUUUCCCCAUUAGUUAACACUAUCAACGUUUCCCUUAACUGUGAGAAAUGUGAACGAAUCAACGCAAUAUUAGCCACUUUCAAUGCAACAUAACAAAACGAACUAUGCAAGAUAUUUGUUGGAGGCAGAGCUGCAGUAGGCCUAUAUGCAAAUAGACCAUUGCCAUAUAUGGAUCUGUGCCAUUCACUAAAAACUGUACUAUUUUUACAGCGUGAGCGGUUGUGAGUAGAUGUGCUUGUUUUGAGAUCAAAGCGAGAGCUACAUGUAGCGACUUGUGCACAUUUGUUCAUAUACUUUGUUAGUUAGUGAGUUAUUAGCCCAGUUAUAUAUCAUUUGUAAUCAGCAAUUGGGGAGUGAUUGUUUCCUACAAAAGCACAAAGCGUGUGUAUUUCUAGACAUCUUUGAAAAGCGAGUCAUAUAAAGAGCUUUUUUUGUCUUAAAGGGGCAGUGUUGUAUUUUGAGACAGACUUGAAUAAGCUAAGUAGCCAAUAGGCAGAGGGUAGCAUAAUUUGUCUGAUAAUGGUAUGGGAAUAAUGAUGCAUUUUAUUUUGUGAAGUGGUUUCUUUUUUUCUUUUUUAAAAUAUUUUUUUCUUUAUUUAACUAGGUAAGUCAGUUAAGAACAAAUUCUUAUUUACAAUGACGGCCUACACCGGCCAAAUCCGGACGACGCUGGGCCAAUUGUUCGCCACCCUAUUCUUGCAUCAAACAACACAACAACAUUUUCAAGUGGAUAAACAGGUUAAUGUCAAGCCCUGCAUGUUUUUUUCAAAAGUUUCAUGGAUUGUAGGCCUACAUUGAACACCACACAUUGGCUGCUACUGUAGGCUGAACGAUAGAACAGCUAUUUCCAUGUUAAAAUGUAAUGGGAUGCAUUUUCUCCAUUGUUUUUUGUGGUAGGCCACUCUUGUAGGCCUACAUUAUGAUCAAAUAGCCACAGCAGCCUACUUGACCGCUGUUAAAUCUAACUUAAAGCAGUUACAGCAUCAGUGUAGGCUGCACAGAAUUUUCACAACGUUCCAGUUCGCUCUCAGCAGACCUGAAAUGUAUGAUGAAAAAAAUGAGAGGGAACAUUGGUCUUGGGUCCAUGAAAUGGGGUAUCAGCCUACUCAGUGACACCCACAGAACACAACUGUGAAGAGUUGUACACAAAUAUUAUCGUUGUUGUUCUUAUUGUGGGACUUUUAACUGUGGGAAAUCACCAAUAUUGAAUUUGAAAAGCCUGUUAUAUUAAAUAAAGUGUCCUUUUAAUAUAGACCACAUGGAGAAUUAAAUAAAUCAGCAUUCUGACAUGUCACAGUUGAGUUCUGUGGGUAUCGCUGAGUAGGCUGAUGACCCAAGAUCCAUAGGUAAGGCUGUAUAUUGCAAUAUGAAUGUCAAUACGCACAGUUGGUUGACUGGUGAGCUAAUGUGACAGUCAAAGUCCUGCAAUAAGAGUCUGCGAUACUAAUAUUUGUUUAAACUCUUCACAGUUGUGUUCUGUGGGUGUCACUGAGUAGUCUGAUACUCCAUUUCAUGCAGCCAAGAUCCAAAGGUAAGGAUGUUCAUUGCAAUAUGAAUGCCAAUAGGCUGGAUAGUGUGGUGAUUUCCCACAGUUAAAGUCCCACAAUAAGAGCUACGACUCUAAUAUUUGUGUACAUUCUUCAUAGUUAGGUUAUGUGGGUAUCACUGAGUAGGCUGAUACCCCAUUUCAUGGAACCUGUUUUCUGUGGACUGCAUUCUUGCUUUACCUGCACUAACUCUAUGCCUCCCGCCCUUCAUCCCCCCAUUAUUAAAUAGAAUUGGCCCUAUCCCUGCCUCCCACAAAGGCCUGUUGGUACUGUAGGCCUUGCCAACCAACCCAGGAGGGGCUCUAUGUGUGUGAGUCCUCAGAUGGCCCUGGUCUUGUUUAUUUGUUUGAUUUAUAGUCUGACUGACCCACUGAAUUGGAUGUGAUGGGAUGGGACGGAGCUGCUUUGUUUAGCCUACUGUGUGGCCCCUCAUCAGUACACAUUCACAGUCACAGUGUGUGUCUUCUGGUGCAGCUCUGGUCUGCUUGCUUGCAUGCGCAUGCGUGUGUUGGCACCAAGGCAAGAAAGACAGGGGGAGACAGAAGAGAAUAAAGGGAUCUUUCAUUCAACCACUCCUAUUCAAAUAAGCAUAGGGAGGAGGCAGUUAAGGUGACGUUAAGUGUCGUUCAUGGGGGUCGUAAUAUGGCAGCAGAUCUGAAUUGUGCUGAUCUGGUUAGUCAGGCAUCAAUCAGCUUGUGUGUGUCCCAAAUGGCACCCUAUUCCCUAAAUUGUGCACUACUUUUGUCCAGAUCCAUAUGGGCCCUGGUCAAAAGUAGUGCACAAUUUAGGGAAUAGGAUGCCAUUUGGGAUGCAGGUUCGGUCUGAAAUGACUCUAUUCUAUUUAGAGUGAGUGGCUGUGCCUGAAGGUUACAGUGCACCGCUGUUCUGCUGCAUUCAGCGGCACACUUUUAGAGCUAGCCUUUUUGAGGCACUACACACACACACACAUAUGCAUGGAAAUGCUCACGUACACACACACACAACGGGAAAGAGAGUGAGAGAGAGUGACUGACUGGGAAUUUGUAAGUGACAAUCCAAAUCCAUAGUUGUCUAUUACUGGAGGAGAGGACUUGAGGAAUACUUGUGAAACCCUGUCUGACUCCUAUUUGUGUGUGUAAUCCUGUUAUUAACGCAUCUACAGCAGGAUUUCCUAUCGGGGCUUUCACUGUAUGCUGUGGAAUCGACUGCUACAGUUUUAAAUUCUCCUUUUUGUUGACAUUCUGAGAUUAGAACAGCACAUUCACAGUGAAGCUUUUCUGUAAGAGCGGCUGCGCCUGUAUUCAUAAAGCGGAUCAGAGUAGGCCUAGGGGUGCUGAUCUAGGAUCAGUGUGAAAAUACUCUCAAGUGUGAAGUUCAGUUUUUCACUCUCACAAUUACACUUUUUAUAGAGAAACAACAAAAUGGGGUGUUCUGAGUCCAUGUCAAUGCACAAAUCAAAUCCAAAGAAACAAUUUGACAUCUCAGAAAUAUUGAACAUAUUUUGCCUUUUGAGUGUAAUUCAAGUGCACACCUAGCUAGAGAGGAACGUGUUUUGCUAGCGAUGUUUCUGUAGCAGAGUUUGCAAAACAAAUGCCCACCUGAUUGAUACAAAGCAUGACAUAAUUCUGCCAGGUAGGCCUACUUUGCAUUUAACAUUUAAAGGUUGAGAAGGUUUUGGGGAAAUCCUUUCUAUUUACCCACAAGACAGUUAUCAUUAGCAUCGCUACUGGCUAGACAAAGUGAUAGGCCUAGUUGAUUACAUGUGGUAUUGAUUUUGCAAAUUUGCGAAUGCUCGUACAUGGACUCUCCAAGCAGACCGCGCGAUUAAUCAGGGGGGCCUGAUCCUAGAUCAGCACUCCUACUCUGAGACUCUGUGAAUAGAGACCCUGGUCUAAUUCCAUCUCCAAUUGGAGUCGUUUCCCCCAUCAUAAAAUACAGAGGGUUUAGGGCUUAAUCAACAGUUGAUUUGCAAUAUGGAACAUAAUCCUAAAGUGUCAUUUUUGUAUUACUUACAUAAUACUGUGAGGAGAAUGGGUUGAGGAAAGGGAAGGUAACACUGGACAGUACAAAUGACCUAGGUGAAUUGUCAGAGAGAGAGAGAGAGAGAGAGAAAUAGAUAGAAACCUUUUCAUUUUCUUCUUUUGCAAGUUUACUCUCAUCCUUCAAAAGAGGUAGGCUAUUGGUUUCUGGGUUAAAAGAGAUAACUGUUCUUCCCAAUAUAAAGCACUGAUACAAAAAACCCAUCCGGAUCCAUGUCCUUUUGAUAGGUCUAUCAGCUCUCUCCUUCGGUCCUGCUGGCUAAGUGAAGGGGACUUGUAUUACUCUUAGGCUGGGGUCCUCGACCCCAAUUUCAGGCUGCCUAAAUGACUGCCUGAGUCCAUUUCUGCAAGGUGGGCCUGGCUAGUGCUAUGACAGUGCUAGUCAUCAGUAUUUUGAAGAUUACUCUUUCUCAGAAGUUAAGACAACUAAUGUCACUGGUUUCUUACCAUGCCUCAGUGGUCCAUUUAAAGUUUAUUUUUUGUCCUUUACGUGAUGGGUUCUUGAGGAGGGAUGUGUUGUCAAGGGGCUUGUAUUGGGUGUGUGGUUGUGUUUGGAAACUGGAUACGGUGUCUCCUUUGACGAGUGACCCUCCUCUUUCUCUCUCGCUCCUCCUCUUCGCCUUUCCAAAUUUUUUCCUUUAGGGGAAGGGGGGAAAAAGGGGGGGGGGGGGUUGGGGGGGGGGGGGGAAAAUUUUUAAAAAAAUUUUUUUUUUCCCCCAAAGGGGGGAGGGGAAGGGGUUUUUUUUUUUUAGAAAGAGAAAUUACAACCAAUUUGUGUUCUAGGGGAAAGGGUUUGUUUUUAAAAAAAAAGGGUUUUUUUGUUUUUAAAAAACAUUCCAAAAUUAAAAAAAUUUUAAAAAAAAAGAGGGAAAAAAGGGGGGGUAGGGGGGGGGAAUUAAAAGGGGGUUUUGGGGUCACCCCCAAAAAAUUUUCCCCCUUAACCCAAAACCCCCAUUCCAAUAUCCACAAUCAAAAAAAUUUGCUGGUUUUAAUUUAAGGGGGUCUUCUUUUUUAAAAAAUUAGUCUGGGGAUUUAUUUUCAAGUUUUUUCUAUCACUUUGUUUUCCCACCAAAGGGCCCAAGAUCUCCCCUUAAUUUCUUCCCCUCUUUUUCAUUAAAAAUUUCUUGUUCUUAGGGUUUUGGUUUUUUUGGGUUUUUGGACAGGAAAAAUUUUUCGGAACCCCCUUGAAAUUUUGCAGGAAUUUGGGGGAGUUUUUUUUUAACCCCAACCUCCCCCAUUUAACCCCAAAACCAAGAGGAAAUUAUUUUUUUUUUGGGGGAAAAAAUCUUUUCCCCCUUUUUUUUUUGGGGGGGGGGUUUUCAGCAAGGGUUUUUGCCAAACCCGGGGGGAUAAAAGGUCCUUGGGGGCUUAUUAAAAAAAACCCCAAACCAAAAGGGCCCGGAGAAAAGGAGGGGGGAAAAACCAGGGGGGAGGGUGGGGAAAGUUUUGGGCCCCGGGUUUUGGGGGGGGAAAAAAAAGGGGGAAAGAAAAAAAAGAGGGAAAGAGGGGGGGGAAAAAGGGGGGAAAAAAGGGGGAGGAGAAAAAAAGGGGGGGGGGAAAGGGGGGGAAAAAAAAAAAGGGGAAAAAAAAAAAAGAACCCCCCAAAAAAAAAAAAAAAAGAAGGAAAAAAGGGAGGAAAAAAGGGGGGGGGAAAAGGAAGGGGAAAAGAAAAGGGGUUACCUCGUAUUCUACGAGCAAUGAAGUGGAACGAGAUACUUACCUACUCUUUUCAGAUCCUCUCCUCCAUUCAACUCCAUCUAAGUCUCUCAAUCUGAGGGAAAUUAGUUUCCAUUGUAUUCCUUUAGUUAAACAAUCUUGACUCUCUCUGUGGGUUUGUGGGUGUGUGUGUGUGUGUUACAGCCUACAGGGUCUUCUCUCGCAUCAACACAUAUCUGGGAGGUCAGAUAAGCAGGUCUACUCCUCUGAGGCGAGGCUUUAUUACACACACACACACACACACCUAUCAUAACAGCCGGCAGAGCAGAGAGGGAGAUUGACCUAGUGGGAGCAGUGGUCGGAGGAAAGCUCCCUAUGGCCUCCGGCCUCUCUGGUACAGGAGGUCAAAAAAGUAGGAGCGAGGAGAGAAGCGUAUCGAGAGUAGAGAGAGAGAGCGAGCUAGAGCGGAGGAGAGGGAGAGGGGAGAGGAGAGAGAGAGAGAGAGAGAGGCGGAGGGAGAGAAGAAGAGAGAGAGAGGAAGAUAGAGGAGAGAGAGAGGGAGAGGAAGAAGGUGGAGAGAAGAGAGAGAGAGAGAGAGGGAGAAGAGAAGAGAGAGAGUAGAGAGGAGAAGAGAAGAGAGAGAGCCGAGAUGGUAGGAUAUAGCGGGAUUGAUAUAGGAGAGAGAGAGUAGGGAGAGAUCUGCUAUAUCUUCUCUCUUAUGGUUUAUUAUCUCCUCUCUCGCUCAUCUCCUCUAGACUCUCUCUAUCUCUCUAUCUUCUCUCUUCUCUCUUCUCUUUCUCUUCUCUCUUCUCUAUUCUCUCUCUUUCCAUUCUUCUCUCUUCACUAUCAGUUAAUGGAAGGUGAAGCUCUCGGAGCUCAUGUUCUACACUGCACUAUGUUCAUUUUAAAACCAUUUGCUUUUGCAGUGAAUUAUGAUUAUACUGAGUAUUCCUCAGUUGAUAGUAAUUGGUCGUCGAACUGAAACAGAUUAUUUUUUUGUGCCGGUCAUCAUGAUGACAUUUGAAAAGUUUUUUUAUUGCUCGAUAUUUUGGCAAAGUACGGAAAAGAGGAAUCAAUGUCUUAGAGAUUUGUAUCACUAAAUGAGUGUGAUUUAUCUUCUUGGGGGGAAGAAAGAUCUGAGGGAGCUGAGAGUCAAAGAGAGAGGUUUACACUUGAGAAAAAUCUUGAGAAAAGGAAGAAAGUCUGUCUCGCUAACUAUAACUUUGCACAGACACCCUGAGGGAAUGAGAGCGAGGGAGAGAAAGAGAGGAAGAGGUGGAAAAAAGAGAAGGGGAUAAAGAGGAACAGUGAAAGGAGUAUUGUCCAGUGAUUGAUUCAUCCAUUGAUCAGUGUAUGACUUGUCUUGUCGCUGUGUUUCUCCAGGUUCACAAUCUGCCAUAAGACAGAGGUGGUGAAGAACACACUAAACCCAGUGUGGCAGGCCUUCAAGAUACCUGUCAGAGCACUCUGCAAUGGAGACUACGACAGGUCAGUGUGUGUGUGUGUGUGUGUAGUGUGGCCAGCAAGAUUAUACUGGCAUUAACUGUUUUGCUGAAGUGUGUGAGGGCCAUACUUUUUUUUAAACAAUUUGAGCCCUUUGCAAAAAUGAUUUGGUGACAGGAUCUAAUCUGGAAGAGGAGAAAAUAGUUUUUAGAUGGGCUCCAUUUUAUAAGAAUCACCAUGCAUGCAUACUAAAUCCAUAUGGAAGCUAUUAUAAUGAAAGAAAUUAAUGCUUGGUCUGCUUAUGAAUAGCCUUCCUCUCUGCAAUCAUCUUUCUCCCUCAGUGGAGUAGUCUAUUCACAUGCCUGACUGACAGACAGGUGUCAUGCCCUCACUCAAAUGCAUUGGCCCUUAAAUCCAGGGUGUAAGAAGCGAUGAAAUAGUUUUUCACCCCUAAGUUUGAAAUCCCCAGAGUUUGUGCAUGUGUGUGUGUGUGCGUGUUGUGUGCAUGUGUGCGUAAUGUAUAGGACAAUGUGUGUGUGUCACUCUGCAAUCCCAUCUCAGGGAUUGUGUUUGUGUUCAUCUCCAGUUGUCAGCAGGCUUGUUUGCCAGUGAUAAGGCACAAAGCCCCAGAUGGAUGGUCUGAGCUUGUCAGCCUGCAUUGAUUGGAGCAGAGCUGGGCCCUGGCUCUGUCUGAGUUGUUAGGAGGUUAGUUAGAGAGAGCUCAUUGUUAUCAGUGUGUGGAGAGUGUGGGAAGCCAAGGAAGCACACACACACACACACACAUUGAUUUACGCACACACACACAGCGAGAGUGUGAGUCUCUGGGGGUCUGGGACGAGAGCCACGGGAGAACGCUAACAAUGGAGAGCUGUGUGUCCCCCUGCUGAUAGUACCACUGCUGAUGGGCCCUUGUUAGAGACACACACUCCCACACAUACACACUUCUCCCGCCACCCCAGGGAUUACAGAAGGAGCAGGAUGUAGAGCUGGAUGGCUCUAUCUCCUCAGCCUUUUAUCUAGUUAGCUUAGAUGGAUGGUGAUGGGCUCAUCCUUCACUCCAUUUAGCAGGAAGCUGAGCAGAGCGUGUGUGUUUGUGUGUGUGCGUGUAUGUGUGCAUACUUGUGUGUGUGUGUUUCUGUGUGUCUGUGUCUAUCUUUGUGCUCUGACAAUGCCGGAGUGUGCCUCCUCUUAUCAUUUACAUUUUACAUUUUAGUCAUUUAGCAGACACUCUUAUCCAGAGCGACUUACAGUUAGUGAGUGUGUACAAUUUUUUUUUUCAUACUGGCCCCCCGUGGGAAUCGAAGCCACAACCCUGGCGUUGCAAACGCCAUGCUCUACCAACUGAGCUACACGGGACUACAUCAUCAUACCCCCUUACUUACCCCUACAGGAAACUCAUUAACCUGUGAUUUCUCACCCGGUGGAAAUCUAUAAUCUAUGAUUACCUUUUCAUCUAAGCAUCUGUUCAUUAUUUUCUUCUUUAUUUUUUCUCGUCUGGAAAGAGAGGUGAAAUUGAGGUAGGUGAAAUUGGUGCUGGGUGAAAUACGCACAGCCACAGUCAGCUACUUAUCUCUUGGCUCUGGUGAAGGAAAAUGGCCACUUGUCAGUGGAAAAAUGAUUCUUCAGUUUGAGGGGAUGGGUGAUAGUGGAAGGGCACUGCUUUUCUCUCUCUAACAUUUGCUAUUUUGGAAACCAAUAUAGACAUGAUAUAUAUUACUAUAAACUAUCCUCCUUCAGAAUACAAUACAUUUGAACUUGAAACUUGUUUGGGGGGAAUGUACAAUGCCAUGAUCAUAGUUUCUGCUGAUAAUUGUCCUGUUAAAACUAAAUAAAUCUGUUUCUAAUAUAUUGUUAUUUUUCACCCUACUAGAACGAUCAAGAUAGAAUGCUACGACUGGGACAGAGAUGGAAGGUAAUUUAAUUUGAGUCUUAAUUGAAAAGCACCUUCAUUAGCAUGAUGUAAUCACUGUGUUAUCUAAAUUAGGCUACUUUAACUCAUCCUAAUCUAUAUUUCUAGAAGGUAAGGAAGCUGGAUUGGAUGCUGAUUCAUUCAACACACAUUGACAUGUUGUUGAAGUGGGGGAAUUGGAUUGGCCCAUAAACAGAGGCGGGGCCAAGGGCGGGGCAGCAGUAAAAGAAACACCAACUUGAUAUGAGUGUCAUCAUUUCAUAUUAUGGGUUUAGUGGGCAAGGUUAUUGCACUGGGGUAUUACUUUAAAGUAUGCACUCACUCCCUCUGUCUCGUCUCCUCUUUAUACCUGUCAGCGUUAUGUCAAGUGUUACCAGAUCUCUCUUUGCUUGCAGGUAGAGGGGUUACGCUUUGUUUCCGAAUUCACUUUAUUUUAAGGAAGUGCAUUGAAUAUACAGUGCCAUGAAAAAGUAUUUGCCCCCUUCCUAAUUUUCUUUACUUUUGCAUAUUUUUGAUACUGAAUGUUAUAGGAUCUUCAACCAAAGUCUAAUAUUAGAUAAAUGGAACCUGAGCAAACAAAUAACACAACAAUUACAUACUUAUUUCAUUUAUUUCAUUAAAAAAAGUUACGCAACACCCAAUGCCCCUGUGUGAAAAACUAAUUGCCCCCUUACACUCAAUAACUGGUUGUGCCACCUUUAGCUGCAAGGACUCCAACCAAACGCUUCCUGUAGUUGUUGAUCAGUCAUUGUGGAGGAAUUUUGUCAUCCAAAAAGUUAUACUUUUGAAUCAUCUGUCCAUAGAACAUUCUUCCAAGAGUAUUGAUGAUCAUUCAGGUGCUUCCAGGUGCUUUUUGGCAAACUUGAGUCAACAUUUUGGACUACAUGGUUCACAUUAUGCCUGGCGAAAACCAAGCACUGCAUUCCAUAGUAGGAACCUCAUACCAACGGUCAAGCAUGGUGGUGGUGGCGUGAUGGUUUGGGGAUGCUUUGCUGCCUCAGGACCUGGACGACUUGCCUUAAUAGAAGGAACCAUGAAUUCUGCUCUGUAUCAGAUAAUUCUACAGGAGAAUGUCAGGCCGUCCGUCUGUGAGUUGACGCUGAAGCGCAGCUUGGUCAUGCAGAAAGACAAUGAUCCAAAACACACAAUCAAGUCUACAUGAAAAUGGCUAUAAAGCAAUCCAUUUGAAGUUUUGGAAUGGCCUAGUCAAAGUCCAAACCUAGUCCCAAUUGAGAUGUUGUGACAACACUUGAAACGAGCAGUUCAUGCUUGAAAACCCACAAAUGUUGCUGAGUUAAAGCAGUUCUGCAUGCAAGAGUGGGCCAAAAUUCCUCCACAGCGAUGUGAGAGACUGAUCAACAACUACAGGAAGCAUUUGGUUGCAAUCAUUGCAGCUAAAGGUGGCACAACCAGUUAUUGAGCGUAAGGGGGCAAUUCCUUUUUCACACAGGUGCAUUGGGUGUUGCAUAACUUUGUUAAUUGUAAACUCAGGUUCCCUUUAUCUAAUAUUAGGUUUUUGUUGAAGAUCUGAUAUCAGUAUCAAAAAUAGAGAAAAUCAGAAAGGGGGCAAAUACUUUUUCACGGCACUGUAUGCUACUGUACCCUUAAGUGGCUGCAUGAAAAACACAAGUGAAAUCUCUACUUAAUUACUCUCAAAUAAUUGUUAAAUGUCGAUAUCUAUCUCACUCUUUAUUGCUUUAACAUUUCAUUAAUAAUAACUUAUCUCAACUGAUCUCAUUCCAUCCACCAGACUAUUAUAAUACACUUCUUCAUAGGCACAUUGAUCAGGCUUCUGCCACUAACAGUUGUGCUUUGUGGGUUGUGUAUUUGAAAUGCUAUGAUUAUACUAAUGAUUGUUUUGUGCGUUGUCUUUAGCCAUGACUUCAUAGGAGAGUUCAGUACCAGCUACAGAGAGCUGUCCAGAGGCCAGUCCCAGUUCAAUGUGUAUGAGGUAAGUGUGUGUGUGUGUGUGUGUGUGUGUGUGUGUGUGGUUGUGUGUGUUUACAUGUGUGCAUGCGUCAUGUUUACGUAUGUAUGUGUGCUUGGUGGAAUAGGAUAUUACAGUGCAUUCGGAAAGUAUUCAAACCCCUUGACUUUUUCCACAUUUUCUUACGUUACAGCCUUAUUCUAAAAUUGAUUAAAUUGUUUAUUUUCCUCAUCAAUCUACACACAAUACCCCAUAUUGACAAAGCAAAAACAGUUUUAUAGAAAUGUUUGCUAAUGUAUAAAAAAAAAGAAUGGAAAUAUCACAUUUACUUAAGUCUCCCAGUCCCUUCCGCUGAAAAACAUCCCCACAGCAUGAUGCUGCCACCACCAUGCUUCACCAUAGGGAUGGUGCCAGGUUUCCUCCAGACGUGACGCUUGGCAUUCAGGCCAAAGAGUUCAAUCUUGGUUUCAUCAGACCAGAGAUUCUUGUUUCUCGUGGUCAGAGUCUUUUAGGUGCCUUUUGGCAAACUCCAAGCAGGCUAUCAUGUGCCUUUUACUGAGGAGUGGCUUUCGUCUGGCCACUCUACCAUAAAGGCCUGAUUGGUGGAGUGCUGCAGAGAUUGUUGUCCUUCUGGAACGUUCUCCCAUCUGCACAGAGGAACUCUGGAGCUCUGUCAUAGUGAUCAUUGGGUUCUUGGUCACAUCCCUGACCAAGCAAGGCCCUUCUCCCCCGAUUGCUCAGUUUGGCCGAGCGACCAGCUCUAGGAAGAGUCUUGGUGGUUCCAAACUUCUUCCAUUUAAGAAUGAUGAAGACCACUGUGUUCUUGGGGACCUUCAAUGCUGCAGAAAUGUUUUGGUACCCCUCCCCAGAUCUGUGCCUCGACACAAUCCUGUCUCGGAGCUCUACGAACAAUUCCUUCGACCUCAUGGCUUGGUUUUUGCUCUGACAUGCAAUGUGGGACCUUAUAUAGACAGGUGUGCCUUUCCAAAUAAUGUCCAAUCAAUUGAAUUUACAUCAGGUGGACUCCAAUCAAGUUGUAGAAACAUCUCAAGGAUGAUCAAUGGAAACAGGAUGCACCUGAGCUCAAUUUCGAGUCUCAUAGCUAAGGGUAUUAUAAUAAUUUUUAUUUUUUUCAUACUGGCCCCCCGUGGGAAUCGAACCCACAACCCUGGCAUUGCAAACGCCAUGCUCUACCAACUGAGCUACAUCCCUGCCGGCCAGUCCCUCCCCUACCCUGGACGACGCUGGGCCAAUUGUGCGCCACCCCAUGGGUCUCCCGGUCGUGGCCGGCUACGACAGAGCCUGGAUUUAAUACCUGUGAUGGAAACUUUAGUUUUUGUGCUUUUCUAAUAACAAUAUCUGUGUUCUUUUCAUGUGCUUUUCUAAUAACCGUUUUCUGUGUUCAUGCAAGUGACUGACUGAGCGAAUCCUAUCUAUCAGUAUCUGCAAUUUGGCAGUACGCCCAGACCCUUGUUUUGAGAAUGAAAUAUAUCAGUUUCAAGGUCUCAGCUUAGAGAAGAAGCCUCGUGAGGUAUUGGUCUGUCACAUGCAUGACCCAGUAUUGGUCGGUCACAUGAAUGAAGCAAAUGGUAGUGAUGAAUUAAUUAUGAAUAAGAGAAAUCAUGCAAAUAUGACUUGUCUGCAGUAUAUAAGAGAACUGGUCCUCUGUAGCUUAGCUGGUAGAGCACAGCGCUUGUAACGCCACAGUAGUGCAUUCGAUCCCCGGGACCAUCCAUACACAAAAAUGUAUGCACGCAUGACUGUAAGUCGCUUUGGAUAAAAGCGUCUGCUAAAUGGCAUAUUAUUAUUAUUAACUCACAGGACUGCCCCGUGAGAGCUCCUGAUCAACAUGUGUACAUGGUGCAUUGAGUUGGUUGGAACCUCUCCAGCGCGCUGAUAAUAAACAAUGAUUCAUUUAAGAUUGACUUCGGGUGUCCCUGUGUAAGAAUUUCCACGACAUACCUUUUAGAAUAAGGCUGUAACGUAACAAAAGGAGGAAACGGGGAAAGGGUCUGAAUACUUUCCGAAUGCACUGUAUGUAUCUAUAUACUCUUAACGUCACUCACCCACACAGAAGCACAUUUAGUAAAUCUCCUCUGGAAAGAUUCUUCAUGGCAUUUCUCCUGAAAUUUAAUUCACAGAGUUUGACGUAAAAGGGAGUUUUGAUGGAUGGCCAGCCUCCACUCUCCGUCUCCUAAGAUAGGACUGAACAGUUGUUCAUUAACAAACAAUAUUCUGAGUGGGAAGCACACAGGGGAACCCUUAUUUUAAGCAGCUGGUGUUUGUCUAAUGAGAGAAGGAAGACGCACUCAGACAGUGAUUGUGUGCUGUCAUCCAAGAUGCUGUCACUGGGACAUGAGAAUCUAUCAUCAUUUCCCAAGUCACAGCUCUUGGCUUCCAUAUUCUCGUUUUUUUCCCUCCACUGUAAAUGUUACAAUUUAGGAGAGGAGGUUCCACAUCACUGCUGUCUGUGUGUUUGUGUGUGUUUGUGUGUGUGUGUGUUCCUUCUUCCCUUAACCAUCUGUCCAUCUGUUAACAGUCAUCACCUAAUGCCCAGCAUGGGCCCCGAUCUCUGUUAUACACAUUGCCCCUUCACACACACACACAAACAAACACACACACACACACACACAAACACUGCCUAUGGUUGUCCAUCGUGCCCGAUGAUCACCAUCUUCUCCUUUACUUGUGAAACACACACGCCUCUUGUGAGCAGCUCCUGUCUCCCUGGUCCUCUCUGUCUAUCUGUUGACUUGUGAGCAGCUCCUGUCUCCCUGGUCCUCUCUGUCUAUCUGUUGACUUGUGAGCAGCUCCUGUCUCCCUGGUCCUCUCUGUCUAUCUGUUGACUUGUGAGCAGCUCCUGUCUCCCUGGUCCUCUCUGUCUAUCUGUUGACUUGUGAGCAGCUCCUGUCUCCCUGGUCUCUCUGUCUAUCUGUUGACUUGUGAGCAGCUCCUGUCUCCCUGGUCCUCUCUGUCUAUCUGUUGACUUGUGAGCAGCUCCUGUCUCCCUGGUCCUCUCUGUCUAUCUGUUGACUUGUGAGCAGCUCCUGUCUCCCUGGUCCUCUCUGUCUAUCUGUUGACUUGUGAGCAGCUCCUGUCUCUCUGGUCCUCUCUGUCUAUCUGUUGACUUGUGAGCAGCUCCUGUCUCCUGGUCCUCUCUGUCUAUCUGUUGACUUGUGAGCAGCUCCUGUCUCCUGGUCCUCUCUGUCUAUCUGUUGACUUGUGAGCAGCUCCUGUCUCCUGGUCCUCUCUGUCUAUCUGUUGACUUGUGAGCAGCUCCUGUCUCCCUGGUCCUCUCUGUCUAUCUGUUGACUUGUGAGCAGCUCCUGUCUCCUGGUCCUCUCUGUCUAUCUGUUGACUUGUGAGCAGCUCCUGUCUCUCUGGUCCUCUCUGUCUAUCUGUUGACUUGUGAGCAGCUCCUGUUCUCCCUGGUCCUCUCUGUCUAUCUGUUGACUUGUGAGCAGCUCCUGUCUCCUGGUCCUCUCUGUCUAUCUGUUGACUUGUGAGCAGCUCCUGUCUCCCUGGUCCUCUCUGUCUAUCUGUUGACUUGUGAGCAGCUCCUGUCUCUCUGGUCCUCUCUGUCUAUCUGUUGACUUGUGAGCAGCUCCUGUCUCUCUGGUCCUCUCUGUCUAUCUGUUGACUUGUGAGCAGCUCCUGUCUCUCUGGUCCUCUCUGUCUAUCUGUUGACUUGUGAGCAGCUCCUGUCUCUCUGGUCCUCUCUGUCUAUCUGUUGACUUGUGAGCAGCUCCUGUCUCCCUGGUCCUCUCUGUCUAUCUGUUGACUUGUGAGCAGCUCCUGUCUCCCUGGUCCUCUCUGUCUAUCUGUUGACUUGUGAGCAGCUCCUGUCUCUCUGGUCCUCUCUGUCUAUCUGUUGACUUGUGAGCAGCUCCUGUCUCCCUGGUCCUCUCUGUCUAUCUGUUGACUUGUGAGCAGCUCCUGUCUCCCUGGUCCUCUCUGUCUAUCUGUUGACUUGUGAGCAGCUCCUGUCUCUCUGGUCCUCUCUGUCUAUCUGUUGACUUGUGAGCAGCUCCUGUCUCUCUGGUCCUCUCUGUCUAUCUGUUGACUUGUGAGCAGCUCCUGUCUCCCUGGUCCUCUCUGUCUAUCUGUUGACUUGUGAGCAGCUCCUGUCUCCCUGGUCCUCUCUGUCUAUCUGUUGACUUGUGAGCAGCUCCUGUCUCCCUGGUCCUCUCUGUCUAUCUGUUGACUUGUGAGCAGCUCCUGUCUCCCUGGUCCUCUCUGUCUAUCUGUUGACUUGUGAGCAGCUCCUGUCUCUCUGGUCCUCUCUGUCUAUCUGUUGACUUGUGAGCAGCUCCUGUCUCCCUGGUCCUCUCUGUCUAUCUGUUGACUUGUGAGCAGCUCCUGUCUCCUCUGGUCCUCUCUGUCUAUCUGUUGACUUGUGAGCAGCUCCUGUCUCCCUGGUCCUCUCUGUCUAUCUGUUGACUUGUGAGCAGCUCCUGUCUCCCUGGUCCUCUCUGUCUAUCUGUUGACUUGUGAGCAGCUCCUGUCUCCUGGUCCUCUCUGUCUAUCUGUUGACUUGUGAGCAGCUCCUGUCUCCCUGGUCCUCUCUGUCUAUCUGUUGACUUGAUGUGACAUCUACUCUUGCCAGAGCAGUUACUGAACACAACACAAGGGAAACCAGCUGUCACUGUGUGUGUGUGUGUGUGUGUGUGUGUGUGUGUGUGUGUGUGUGUGUGUGAAUUCUUUAUGGCGUGCAUGCACAACCAUGGGGGGGAUGGGCGCGUUAAUGUAAAUUGUAUUUUACAAGCCAGAUGCAAUAAAACAGCUAGCCUCACCUUCAAAGGCAAAUGUGCCCUUCCUUACUUAUUCCCUCCAAUCUCCACCAAGGAUGCAGAGGGUUAUAAAUCCAGUGUAAAUUGCACCCUCUUCCCUUAUAGUGCACUUUAGUGCACCCUAUGGGCCCAGGUCAAAAGUAGUGCACUAUUAAGGGAAUAGAGUGCCAUUUAGGACUUAUCGGAUGUUUUCUCCCCGAGGGUUUGUACGGCCUGCUGACCUCCACACGGUUUAAUUUAACACUUUACAGCUCAGAUUAAAACAUUGUAUGCUGCACUUCCCAGUCAAGGAUUGCAGCAUGGCGUGUGAGUGAGUGAGAUAGAGGGAGCAUUCCUGGCCUGUGAGAUUAAUUCCAUGACCUCUAACCUUUGUGUAUUACUGUGUUAUAAUGUGUAUGUUUGAAUUCUGUAAUGAGGCUGCUGUUUUGUCCACAGGUGGUAAAUCCGAAGAAGAAAGGAAAAAAGAAAAAAUACCUAAACUCUGGAACGGUAAGCCACAGCAGACACUGUCCAUCCAGUCUCUUUAUCUUUAUGUUUUUCGCCUCUAGAACAGAGAACUAACACAUUGAUGUGAGCUUGAUUUAGUCAUUGUCUUUAUUGUAAAGCCCGUUCCAUCCUGCCAUCCUUGUAUCCCUAUCGUCUCCAGGUAACACUGCUCUCAUUCCUGGUGGAUAUAGAAGUCACCUUCCUCGACUACAUCAAAGGAGGGUGAGUGACACUGCAUGCUCUCUCUACAGUGUGAAUGCAGAGACGGAGUGGAAGAACCUCUCAAUCCUGCAUUCCCUCGUUUAUUCAUAUAGAAAAGAGAGAGCAAGAGAAAGGAGAGAGAGAGAGAGAAAAAGAGAGAGAAGAAGAGAGAGAGAGAGAAGAAAGAGAGAGAGAGAAAGAAGAAGAGAGAGAGAUUGACAGGUGUGCAGAUGUGAAGUCCGGUGUAGGGGGACGUGAGGAGAGUGAACUAUGUGCGUGUGCAUGUGUGUGUGUUCAUUCAGGCCCUCUAGUCCAUGGCUGAAUGGGCGAUGGUGGCUGAGUGUGUGCAGUGGUGCGUAGCGGAACGCUCGCCCACACACACGUUCUGACUUUCAUAAGACUCACAGGGGAAGGCUACUCAGGCUAGCACUGCACAGCAUGGAUCGAACAGUGAAACAGGAAGAGAGGGAAAGGUUUAGAGAGACAGAGAUGGGGAGAGUCAGAGAAUCAAAGACAGAGAACGAGAGUGAGAGAGGUCUGUGAAGAAAUGAGAGACACAGAAUGGCCAUUUUGACAACACUUCUCAUCUAAAGGUCAUGGAUCAUGUGUGAUAUUGUACAACAGGGGUGGGUAGGUAGGGGAGCAGAAUAACAUGUGGUGCAUUGACCCUUACACAGUCGGAGCGCUCUCAGUAUUUCGUUGAGCGUUUCCAUUGUCAGUGGCAGUCAGAGGAGGAGAGGAGAGUUUUUUUUCAAUCGAACACAACAUCUCAUUGAGAUGGAGCUCUUUCCUCUCAGCAUGUGGUCAGUCCUAUACAGACUGACGUGUAGGAGGUUGUUCCUGUUUUGAGCUGUCGCCUGAGGGUCAUCAUCACUGGCACUGACCCUCCUGUGUAGGUCAGGAAGUGUAGUCAUGUGCUGUCAAUGAAUCUACCCUCAGGUUACUGCUGUGAAUGUGUUCUCAGUCAAAUACAUGUAAAUGAAUAUAAAUAACUAGGGCCGGGACGAUACCAGCGGCAAGGAAACAAAACACGAAGCAGAUUGAACUACUUUAGGAAAACAGCCCUAACAUUGGAAACAAACAUCAUUAUGUUGUCAUCCAGAGUCACAUUUAUUUAUUUUCCAAGCUAUAGCACACAAUAUUUGGCAUACCGGAGGUUUUUAAAGGACCAAAGAGUUUGGUCUGCUUCGUGUUCACAUUUUUGCCUUGGAAAAAAUAUUUUGCGAUACUGGUAAAUCGUCCCGGCCAUAUAAAUAACACUGAAUGUCAAUGAGACAGCUGACGUAUGUAUGUAGAGGUGGAUGUCUCUCCUCCCGUCAUAUAGGAGUAAUACAUGACAAUCCAGAGGCUGUGUCACAGGUGUAGAGAGGAGUAGGAAGGAGGCAGUCGCAGGUUUAGAACUACUGAAUUUAUUAAAGCACCAUAGCUUAAAGCGGGACAAAACCCACAGUGCAAAAUAUAAAGUACUUAGGGAAAACAAGCAACAUAUACAAUGACCGACAAAGACAAAUGACAGAGGGAGUAUAUAUACAGUGAUAGAGUGGGGAUUGGAACCAGGUGUGGGUAAUGAUGACGAGACAAGUCCGGGGUUGAUGAGUGAAGGGCGUUUGCCAGCAACAGGUUCGGCAGCAGCUAGAAGGCCGGCGACGCCGAACUCCUGAGCUGGACAGGUGGGGGAGCCAAAGCGAAGGCUGGUGUGACACUGAGAUCUCUGACCUAUCCAUGUGAGAGCUACGUUUACUUCCUCUACCAAUCAAUAAGGUAUUGGCAGAAUACCAAAGACUCUAUGGAUAAUAGAUGGAUAUAUACUGAACAAAAAUUGCAGUUCAUAUAAGGAAAUCAGUCAAUUGAAAUAAAUUCAUUAGGCCCUAAUCUAUGGAUUCCACAUGACUGGGCAGAGGCGCAGCCAUGGGUGGGCUUGGGAGUGCAUAGGCCCACCCACUUGGGAGCCAGGCUCAGCCAAUCAGAAUGAGUUUUUCCCCACUAAAGGGAUUUAUUACAGACAGAAAUACUCUUCAGCUCCCCCACCCCCCGACGAUCCCGCAGGUGAAGAAGAUGGAUGUGGAGGUCCUGGGCUGGCGUGGUUGCACGUCAUCCGCGGUUGUGAGGCCUUUUGGACGUACUGCCAAAUUCUCUAAAACGACAUUGGAGGCAGCUUAUGGUAGAGAAAUUAACAUUAAAUGAUCUGAAACAGCUCUGGUGGACAUUCCUGCAGUCAGCAUGCCAAUUGCAAUCUCCCUCAGAACUUGAGACAUCUGUGGCAUUGUGUUGUGUGACAAAACUGCACAUUUUAGAAUGGCCUGUGUAAUGAUCAUGCUAUUUAAUCAGCUUCUUGAUAUGCCACACUUGUCAGGUGGAUGGAUUAUCUUGACAAAGGAUCAAAUGCUCACUAACAGGGAUGUAAACAAAUUUGUGCACACAAUUUGAGAGAAAUGUGAUUUUUGUGCGUAUUGAACAUUUCUGAGAUAUUUUAUUUCAGCUCAUGAAACAUGGGACCAGCACUUUACCUGUUGAGUUUAUAUUUUUGUUCAGUUUAUGUGACCGACCGGCUCGAUGCGGUCUUAUGUAGCAACAUUUGAAAUUGUGUUUUUUACAUUGGAUAAAAGUAGAGACUCAGAGCUAGAAAAUUGUAUAUCAUACACAACAGUUGAGGAACAAUGUGAAGGUAAUUCUGCUUUGAAAGUUCAUAAACUUGUAACCCCACUUUUCAAGAAAUGGUCCUUGAAUGUUUUGGUACAUUCAAGGACCUUCUUUGUCUACACCCAUUCAGCAUCUUUCAUACCCUCUUAAACCUUAGCCCCAUCCAUCUCUUUAAAGAUUCACAUGUGAUGCCAUGUGCUAAACAGAGUGAGUAAGGUAGUGUAGUAAACAACCAACUAUUUCAAGACUAAAAGUGGUGAAAGUAGUAGCCUACAAUAAGGAAAAACUAUAUCCUAAUCUGACUUUGGUGCAGGUCAUGUUGUUCUUUACAUUACCGUCUCUGGGAAACAGACUAUAUCAAAUAAAAUCAAAGUUUGUCACAUGCACAGGAUACAGAAGGUGUAAAGGGUACAGUGAAAUGGUUACUUGCAUAUUUGCAUAGUAGCAAUAUCAAAAAUAGAACGUGUCCAGAUACAAAUAUUUUAUAAAUAUUUUAUAAUUAUUAGAUGAUGGUUUCCCAGACAAACUUGUCUAAAUUGAUGGGUCAUGUGAAAUAAAUGCUGUAACCACCCCCCAGCCACAUCUAGAUAAGUGGAUGUUCAUGAAAUACAAUAGAUGGCCGUAAUCACCUCCAGACACACCUAGCUAACUUGAUGGGUCGUGUAAUCAUCUGGCGAAGUGGAGUAUUUUGUUUAGACAUGUAGCUAGCUGGCUAGCUAGCUAAAUAAUGAACCGUAAUCCCAACCCAUAGCUACAGUACAAACGGAUUGUCAUAGCUAGCCACCAUGCAUGAAAUGCUGUAGUAUGAAUCUGCAGGUAGCUAAAGCUAACCAACUAGGUUCAAUGUUAGCUAGCUAGCUACUAUUACGCUAUAAGUAGCAAUGCAAAUGGUUUUCUGAGAUUCAAAUAAUAUUAUUACACAGAUCAUACACGUAACGUUAGCUAGCGAGCCAGCAAGCUAACGUUCGCUAGCUAGCGAACAGUACGCUUUAACUUGCAAUGAAAAUGACUUUCUGACAAAAUUAGAAACGUAUAAUAUCCAACAUUUUAGCUAGACUCUUACCUGUAUACAUGGAUGAACGCCUCAUGGCAGCGUGUCUUUUCCAUUUGGUUUUGUAGCUAGCGACAGCUUGUUUGGGCCGUUGUGUCAAGUCACUCCGGUUCACACUGACCAUGUGCAGAAAGUAGUCCAUCACAACGUCUUUUUUUUAAAUGAUUAAUUUUAAUGAUACACGGAUAGACACGAAUGAGAAAUAAUUUUGUUUAUUUUUUUAAUGUAAAAUUUUUUGGGGAAUCCUGGCUUUUAUUAGCAUCCAUGAAUACACACCACUUUGUAGGCUGAAUGUCAUUACACUUCAUAGAUGUCCCUUUCCAUUCAAAUGGCGGGUGCACUGUUCAGAUGAUGGACUUAUUUUUGAGUAGAUGAACGUGCGCAGGUAGCCUACUUAACCUACUUUUUGAAGUGAUUUGUUUGACAAUCAGAUGAAAACAUCAUGACUGGUUGUGUUCAUGACACAUUAAAAGGUAAUUAAAAUUAAAUGACAUGUCUUUACUAUAAAGCCUAUUAAAAAAAAUGUGUGCACACAGGAGGUCCCGUAAAAACAAAAUUGAGACCCCUCGGAUGUCACAGUAUAACUUGCACUCUGUAGAGCACUUUCAAGUGAAUUUACUGCUGUAUACUAAUACCCUUAUAUAAAAUCACUGUAACAAUACUUUUUGCAUUGAUUUAUGAUUUCUUUAAAUAGGGAAAUGUACCAAACCUAAGCUGAAGCAUUUAAGGUGUUGAACUAUCAUGAUUAUAUUGAAAAAGAUCCACCUUGCAUUGAUUUAAGGUUCAAAAUGUUAUGGCUCCACUAAACUGGGUCUGUGCCAAUUCUAAAUGUUCUGGACACGCCACUGCAUAGCACCACCUGGAGUUUGAUAAAUGGCAUUGCUGCUAUGGUCACAAAAUCUAUUUUGAGCAAUUGUAUUAGUAUAAAAGAAUAUCCCCAUUAUUUUGAGCAUACAAUAUACAGUAGCUCAGUAUUUGUAUUGUUUAUUUUAUACAGUGUUCUUUGCUCAUCUUUAUCAAGGGUGCCAGUAAUUACGGACCUGACUGGAUGUAACACAAUGGCCGUUGGCCACAGUGAUAUGGAGGUGUGACCAUCAUUGAAUGGACCCUGUGGAUGCAUGUAAUAUUGCUCUUUCCAUGACGUAGACUGACUAGGUGAAUCCAGGUGAAAGCUAUGAUCCCUUAUUGAUGUCACUUGUCACUUGUAUGCCCCUAGCCAAUGUGAUGGAGGUCAACAGUGUAACUGGAGACAAGUGUGUAGGAGGCAGGAGUUUACUUUUUUACUCUGCUUAUGUGAAAUGCAUACACACAACUAGGUCUUUCUGAAUGUUGUAGAAUAAAAAGCACUUUCAUAACUCUCAACAUUGUAUGUUUUUUUGACAGAGUGGGCCAGGGAGGGUGAGUGGUGUACACUGUUGUUUGUGUGACUAAGUGAAGUGGAAAGCAAUCUUUUCGCUGUUUGAAGCCUAAAUGGACGAUAAUGGACUAUAGUGCUCAUGUUUCAUAAUAACUGCUGCAUGCUGAGCUCUUCUCACACAACCUUCUCAUACCCCCUCGUGUCUCUGCAUCUGUUUGGGCUUGUUUGCUGAGAAACAGCAUGUUACUUUAAUAGGUUCAAUCUACAUGGAACAAAAAUACAAACGCAACAUGUAAAGUGUUGGUCCCAUGUUUCAUGAGCUGAAAUAAAUUUUCCAUACACACGUAUUUCUCAAAAAUGUUGUGCACAAAUUUGUUUACAUCCCUGUUAGUGAGCAUUUCUCCUUUGCCAAGAUACACCUGACAGGUGUGGCAUAUCAAGAAGCUGAUUAAACAGCAUGAUCAUUACACAGGUGCACCUUGUGCUGGGAACAAUAAAAGGCCACUUGUCUCUAGUUUUGAGAGAGCAUGCAAUUGGCAUGCUGACUGCAGGACUGUCCACCAUAGCGGUUGCUAGAGAAUUGAAUGUACAUUUCUCUAUCAUAAACCGUCUCCCAUCGUUGUUUCAGAGAAUUUGGCAGUAUGUCCCACCGGCCUCACAACCGCAGACCACGUGUAUGUCAUCGUGUUGGCGAUCGGUUUGCUGAUGUCAACGUUGUGAACAGAGUGCCCAAUGGUGGCGGUGGGGUUAUGGUAUGGGCAGGCAUAAGCUCCUGAUCCACGCCCCUACCUUUUUUUUAAGGUAUCUGUGACCAACAGUCAUGUGAAAUCCAUAGAUUAGGUCAUAAUGAAUUUAUUUCAAUUGACUGAUUUCCUGAUGAACUGUAACUCAGUAAAAUCUUUGAAAUUGUUGCAUUUUGCGUUUUGUUCAGUAUAUAAUCCCUUUUUCAUUUUAUUAUCUUCUUCUCUUCUGUUCUCUUCUCUUCUCGUCACUUUUCGUCUCUUCUCUCCUCCUCCUCUCCUCCCCUCCACAGCAUUUUGAUUUUGAUUGACACCUGUAUGGAGAUUCACCUCAUUAGCCAAGAGCGUAUUGAAGCCCUCAUCCUGACAGGUUCUGAGUAA